CCGGAAGUCCGCCGAGAACCGCUUCCGGACACGUUCUGUUGAUGGUUGCAUCAGAAUUUGCCGGAAUCGCUGAGAAUGGCAGCUGCUGGGGAUCAGAGUGAGUAUACCGGCGGCUCAGAGUCAGAGUCAGUGGAGACAGCACGAACAGUGUGUAAUAACCAUGUAAUAACAUGCUGCAUGGGGACAGUGACAUGUGCUGCCUGUCAUUGUACAUUGCACUAUAUGGACUGCAUCUUACAGCCUGUGUGUGAUUAUUAUAUGGACUGCUCCUUAUAGCAUGACCUGUGUGUGAUUAUUAUAUGGACUGCUUCUUACAGCCUGACCUGUGUGUGAUUAUUAUAUGGACUGCUCCUUAUAGCAUGACCUGUGUGUGAUUAUUAUAUGGGCUGCUUCUUCCAGCCUGACCUGUGUGUGAUUAUUAUAUGGACUGCUCCUUAUAGCAUGACCUGUGUGUGAUUAUUAUAUGGACUGCUUCUUCCAGCCUGACCUGUGUGUGAUUAUUAUAUGGACUGCUCCUUAUAGCAUGACCUGUGUGUGAUUAUUAUAUGGGCUGCUUCUUCCAGCCUGACCUGUGUGUGAUUAUUAUAUGGACUGCUUCUCAUAGCAUGACCUGUGUGUGAUUAUUAUAUGGACUGCUUCUUACAGCCUGUGUGUGAUUAUUAUAUGGACUGCAUCUUACAGCCUGUGUGUGAUUAUUAUAUGGACUGCUUCUUACAGCCUGUGUGUGAUUAUUAUAUGGACUGCUUCUUACAGCAUGACCUGUGUGUGAUUAUUAUAUGCACUGCUUCUUACAGCCUGACCUGUGUGUGAUUAUUAUAUGGACUGCUCCUUAUAGCAUGACCUGUGUGUGAUGAUUAUAUGGACUGCUUCUUACAGCCUGACCUGUGUGUGAUUAUUAUAUGGACUGCUUCUUACAGUAUGACCUGUGUGUGAUUAUUAUAUGGACUGCUUCUUACAGCAUGACCUGUGUGUGAUUAUUAUAUGGACUGCUUCUUACAGCAUGACCUGUGUGUGAUUAUUAUAUGGAUUGCUUCUUACAGCAUGACCUGUGUGUGAUUAUUAUAUGGACUGCUUCUUACAGCCUGACCUGUGUGUGAUUAUUAUAUGGACUGCUCCUUAUAGCAUGACCUGUGUGUGAUUAUUAUAUGGGCUGCUUCUUCCAGCCUGACCUGUGUGUGAUUAUUAUAUGGACUGCUCCUUAUAGCAUGACCUGUGUGUGAUUAUUAUAUGGGCUGCUUCUUCCAGCCUGACCUGUGUGUGAUUAUUAUAUGGACUGCUUCUCAUAGCAUGACCUGUGUGUGAUUAUUAUAUGGACUGCUUCUUACAGCCUGUGUGUGAUUAUUAUAUGGACUGCAUCUUACAGCCUGUGUGUGAUUAUUAUAUGGACUGCUUCUUACAGCCUGUGUGUGAUUAUUAUAUGGACUGCUUCUUACAGCAUGACCUGUGUGUGAUUAUUAUAUGCACUGCUUCUUACAGCCUGACCUGUGUGUGAUUAUUAUAUGGACUGCUCCUUAUAGCAUGACCUGUGUGUGAUGAUUAUAUGGACUGCUUCUUACAGCCUGACCUGUGUGUGAUUAUUAUAUGGACUGCUUCUUACAGUAUGACCUGUGUGUGAUUAUUAUAUGGACUGCUUCUUACAGCAUGACCUGUGUGUGAUUAUUAUAUGGAUUGCUUCUUACAGCCUGACCUGUGUGUGAUUAGUAUAUGGGCUGCUUCUUACAGCAUGACCUGUGUGUGAUUAUUAUAUGGACUGCUUCUUACAGCCUGACCUGUGUGUGAUUAUUAUAUGGGCUGCUUCUUACAGCAUGACCUGUGUGUGAUUAUUAUAUGGACUGCUUCUUACAGCCUGACCUGUGUGUGAUUAUUAUAUGGACUGCUUCUUACAGCCUGUGUGUGAUUAUUAUAUGGACUGCAUCUUACAGCCUGUGUGUGAUUAUUAUAUGGACUGCUUCUUACAGCCUGUGUGUGAUUAUUAUAUGGACUGCUUCUUACAGCAUGACCUGUGUGUGAUUAUUAUAUGCACUGCUUCUUACAGCCUGACCUGUGUGUGAUUAUUAUAUGGACUGCUCCUUAUAGCAUGACCUGUGUGUGAUGAUUAUAUGGACUGCUUCUUACAGCCUGACCUGUGUGUGAUUAUUAUAUGGACUGCUUCUUACAGCAUGACCUGUGUGUGAUUAUUAUAUGGACUGCUUCUUACAGCAUGACCUGUGUGUGAUUAUUAUAUGGACUGCUUCUUACAGCCUGACCUGUGUGUGAUUAUUAUAUGGGCUGCUUCUUACAGCAUGACCUGUGUGUGAUUAUUAUAUGGACUGCUUCUUACAGCCUGACCUGUGUGUGAUUAUUAUAUGGGCUGCUUCUUACAGCAUGACCUGUGUGUGAUUAUUAUAUGGACUGCUUCUUACAGCCUGACCUGUGUGUGAUUAUUAUAUGGGCUGCUUCUUACAGCCUGACCUGUGUGUGAUUAUUAUAUGGACUGCUUCUUACAGUAUGACCUGUGUGUGAUUUAUUAUAUGGACUGCUUCUUAUAGCCUGACCUGUGUGUAAUUAUUAUAUGGACUGCUUCUUACAGCCUGACCUGUGUGUGAUGAUUAUAUGGACUGCUUCUUAUAGCAUGACCUGUGUGUGAUUAUUAUAUGGACUUCUUCUCAUAGCAUGACCUGUGUGUGAUGAUUAUAUGGACUGCUUCUUACAGCAUGACCUGUGUGUGAUGAUUAUAUGGACUGCUUCUUAUAGCAUGACCUGUGUGUGAUUAUUAUAUGGACUGCUUCUUAUAGCAUGACCUGUGUGUGAUUAUUAUAUGGAUUGCUUCUUACAGCAUGACCUGUGUGUGAUUAUUAUAUGGACUGCUUCUUACAGCCUGACCUGUGUGUGAUUAUUAUAUGGACUGCUUCUUACAGCAUGACCUGUGUGUGAUUAUUAUAUGGACUGCUUCUUACAGCCUGUCCUGUGUGUGAUUAUUAUAUGGACUGCUUCUUACAGCCUGACCUGUGUGUGAUUAUUAUAUGGGCUGCUUCUUACAGCAUGACCUGUGUGUGAUUAUUAUAUGGGCUGCUUCUUACAGCCUGACCUGUGUGUGAUUAUUAUAUGGAUUGCUUCUUACAGCAUGACCUGUGUGUGAUUAUUAUAUGGACUGCUUCUUACAGCAUGACCUGUGUGUGAUUAUUAUAUGGGCUGCUUCUUACAGCCUGACCUGUGUGUGAUUAUUAUAUGGGCUGCUUCUUACAGCAUGACCUGUGUGUGAUUAUUAUAUGGACUGCUUCUUACAGCAUGACCUGUGUGUGAUUAUUAUAUGGGCUGCUUCUUACAGCAUGACCUGUGUGUGAUUAUUAUAUGGGCUGCUUCUUACAGCAUGACCUGUGUGUGAUUAUUAUAUGGACUGCUUCUUAUAGCAUGACCUGUGUGUGAUUAUUAUAUGGACUGCUUCUUACAGCCUGUGUGUGAUUAUUAUAUGGACUGCUUCUUACAGCCUGACCUGUGUGUGAUUAUUAUAUGGGCUGCUUCUUACAGCAUGACCUGUGUGUGAUUAUUAUAUGGACUGCUUCUUACAGCAUGACCUGUGUGUGAUUAUUAUAUGGGCUGCUUCUUACAGCAUGACCUGUGUGUGAUUAUUAUAUGGGCUGCUUCUUACAGCAUGACCUGUGUGUGAUUAUUAUAUGGACUGCUUCUUAUAGCCUGACCUGUGUGUGAUUAUUAUAUGGACUGCUUCUUAUAGCCUGACCUGUGUGUGAUUAUUAUAUGGACUGCUUCUUACAGCCUGUGUGUGAUUAUUAUAUGGACUGCUUCUUAUAGCAUGACCUGUGUGUGAUUUUUAUAUGGACUGCUUCUUAUAGCAUGACCUGUGUGUGAUUAUUAUAUGGACUGCUUCUUACAGCAGGACCUGUCAGGCUGUAAGAAGCAGUCCAUAUAAUAAUCACACACCAGGUCAUGCUAUAAGAAGCAGUCCAUAUAAUAAUCACACACAGGUCAGGCUGUAAGAAGCAGUCCAUAUAAUCAUCACACACAGGUCAUGCUAUAAGAAGCAGUCCCAUAUAAUAAUCACACACAGGUCAGGCUGUAAGAAGCAGUCCAUAUAAUAAUCACACACAGGUCAGGCUGGAAGAAGCAGCCCAUAUGUGAUUAUUAUAUGGACUGCUUCUUAUAGCCGGACCUGUGUGUGAUUAUUAUAUGGACUCCUUCUUAUAGCCUGACCUGUGUGUGAUUAUAUGGACUGCUUCUUAUAGCAUGACCUGUGUGUGAUUAUUAUAUGGACUGCUUCUUACAGCAUGACCUGUGUGUGAUUAUUUUUUGGACUGCUUCUUAUAGCAUGACCUGUGUGUGAUUAUUCUAUGGACUGCUUCUUACAGCAUGACCUGUGUGUGAUUAUUCUAUGGACUCCUUCUUAUAACAUGACCUGUGUGAUUAUUAUAUUGACUGCUUCUUAUAGCAUGUCCUGUGUGUGAUUAUUAUAUUGACUGCUUCUUAUAGCAUGUCCUGUGUGUGAUUAUUAUAUGGACUGCUUCUUAUAGCAUGUCCUGUGUGUGAUUAUUAUAUUGACUGCUUCUUAUAGCAUGUCCUGUGUUUGAUUAUUAUAUGGACUGCUUCUUACAGCCUGUGUGUGAUUAUUAUAUGGACUGCUUCUUACAGCCUGACCUGUGUGUAUGAUUAUUAUAUGGACUGCUUCUUACAGCCUGACCUGUGUGUGAUUAUUAUAUGGACUGCUUCUUAUAGCAUGACCUGUGUGUGAUUAUUAUAUGGACUGCUUCUUACAGCCUGUGUGUGAUUAUUAUAUGGACUGCUUCUUACAGCAUGACCUGUGUGUAUGAUUAUUAUAUGGACUGCUUCUUACAGCCUGACCUGUGUGUGAUUAUUAUAUGGACUGCUUCUUACAGCAUGACCUGUGUGUGAUUAUUAUAUGGACUGCUUCUUACAGCCUGACCUGUGUGUGAUUAUUAUAUGGACUGCUUCUUACAGCAUGACCUGUGUGUGAUUAUUAUAUGGACUGCUUCUUAUAGCAUGACAUGUGUGUGAUUAUUAUAUGGACUGCUUCUUAUAGCAUGACCUGUGUGUGAUUAUUAUAUGGACUGCUUCUUACAGCCUGACCUGUGUGUGAUUAUUAUAUGGACUGCUUCUUAUAGCAUGACAUGUGUGUGAUUAUUAUAUGGACUGCUUCUUAUAGCAUGACCUGUGUGUGAUUAUUAUAUGGACUGCUUCUUAUAGCAUGUCCUGUGUGUGAUUAUUAUAUUGACUGCUUCUUAUAGCAUGUCCUGUGUGUGAUUAUUAUAUGGACUGCUUCUUAUAGCAUGUCCUGUGUGUGAUUAUUAUAUUGACUGCUUCUUAUAGCAUGUCCUGUGUUUGAUUAUUAUAUGGACUGCUUCUUACAGCCUGUGUGUGAUUAUUUUAUGGACUGCUUCUUAUAGCAUGACCUGUGUGUGAUUAUUGUAUGGACUGCUUCUUAUAGCAUGACCUGUGUGUGAUUAUUGUAUGGACUGCUUCUUAUAGCAUGACCUGUGUGUGAUUAUUAUAUUAUAUGGACCUCUUCUUACAGCCUGACCCGUGUGUGAUUAUUAUAUGGACUGCUUCUUAUAGCCUGACCUGUGUGUGAUUAUUAUAUGGACUGCUUCUUAUAGCCUGACCUGUGUGUGAUUAUUAUAUGGACUGCUUCUUAUAGCCUGACCUGUGUGUGAUUAUUAUAUGGACUGCUUCUUACAGCCUGACCUGUGUGUGAUUAUUAAAUGCACUGCAUCUUACAGCCUGUGUGUGAUUAUUAUAUGCACUGCAUCUUACAGCCUGUGUGUGAUUAUUAUAUGGACUACUUCUUACAGCCUGUGUGUGAUUAUUAUAUGGACUGCUUCUUACAGCCUGACCUGUUUAUGUGUGAUUAUAUACACUCUAUGAUUCUUGUGUCGACUGUGUGAUUAUUGUAUUGAUUAGACUGUGCGAUUAUUAUAUAGACUGUUCUUACAUCCUGACCUGUAUGAUUGAUUAUUGUAUACACUGUGUGAUUAUUAUAUGUACAGUCUCUUACAUUCUUAUCUUUAUUGGUUACAGUGUGUUUGUGUAGACUGCCUUUUACAUAUAUCCUGACCUGCACGUGUGUCUGUGAUUAUUAUAUAGACUGCCACUUGCACCUGACCUGUACUGGUGACAGUGUGCUUAUAUGUGUGACAGUGUGGUUAUUAUAUCCUAAUCUGCAUGUCUGACAAUGUUGUUCUGAUGUAGGUUAUCCCUAUCCGUACCCUGCACUGCAUGUAUCUCAGUAUCAUGGCCGUUACUGCUUCCAAAUAUAUGUAAAUUUUCAGUAACAAGACCACAUUCAUAUCAAUAUACAGUUUAUGUUUACAGGAUCAUAUGGAAUAGUACAGUAUGUUAAACGGACACUAUAGCGGAGGGACGGGGGGGGGGCUAGCUUUCCCAUAGGAGAUCAUUGCUGCAAUGAUUUUUACUGAUGCAGGAUGUCCUCGUGCAGAGCGUGAGAAUGUCCAGCGUUCGUUAGGCGACCAAAACUCGCCCAGGAAGCACCUCUAGUCGCUGUCUUAAUACUGCAAAAUAACCAUUGCAGUUUUUUUUUUUACAUUGCUGGACUAAGGAUUAUUAUAUGGGCACUGCACCCAGACCAUUUCAAUGAGCGUAUGUGGUCUGGGUGCCUGUAGUGUCCUGUUAAGAUUUUUUGUGUGUAGAAGGAAAUGAUUUUCACUCACUUUGCUCUACCAGUACUGAGAAAAAUGACACAAGAACAAAUAGCAGGCAUUAAUACUGCAAAAAAUCAUUAAUGAUGACUGACAAAACCAUUUACUUAAGCGAUAUUUGUUCAUGAAAACAGUCAAUCUAUUUUGCAAACAACUACAAAUUUACCGUUUAACACCUUAAGGACCAAACUUCUGGAAUAAAAGGGAAUCAUGACAUGUCACACGUCAUGUGUCCCUAAGGGGUUAAAGAGCUAUUUUUUAAUUGAUUGCGAGGGGAAUAGUGGUUUAAAAAAAAAAAGACAACACAUACAGCCCUUCUUUGUUCUGGGCAAGUUUAUCACCCCGUGAGGCUCAAGGCAAACUCAUGCACAAUAAGGCAUAUGUGCUGAAAUGCAGUCCUCGCGCAUGCAUAACUGGUCAUUUCUCGCACAGUACUAUAUUUCCAUACGAUACACCGGGGGUAGGAGGUUUAAUUACGUUUACAUGAUACGUUUUCACUAUGGUUGGACAGCCAGGUAUACAAUGUAAAUUCAAAAAAAUUCAAACUACUAGGAAUUUUAAUAAAAUAACAGCAUAAACCACAGCUAGCUUUUAAAUUGUGCAAACUAUCAGACUAUUCCACUUAAAAGAAGUGAUUCUAGAAAUUCUAAAAAUGUUGAUACUACAAUCUGAAGUUAGUGUCAAUAAUUGUGGAAAUAAUGUAUAGGUGUGGCUUUUUCCAUAUUUGAAAUGGUUUCUGUUGUGACCUGUAGCUGUAAUUUCAUGCUGUUUGUACAUAAAUUACAUUUCACUUGCAUUUGCUUUUUGUUUAUAUUUUUUUAAAGAGAUACUAUAGGCACCAAAACUACUGUAGCUUGAUGAAGCAGUUUUUAUGUAUGGAUCAUGACCCUGCAGUUUCUAGUAGACAGCCACUAGAGGAGGACUUAACCCUGCAAUGUAAAUAUUGCAGUUUUUGAAAACUCCAAUAAUUACACUUGCAGGAUUAAGGGUAGUGGGAGUUGGCACCCAGACCACUCCAAUGGGCAGAAGUGGUCUGGGUGCCUGGAGUAUCCCUUUAAUAUAGAAUUUAUCUACUGCUCUGUUAAAGGACCACUAUAGUGCCCUGAGGAUGCCCCUCCCGCCAGGCUGGAUGGCGAGGAAAGGGUUAAAACGUACCUUUUUUUCCAGCGCCGGGCGGGGAGCUCCCCUUCGGCUGAAUGCGCAUGCGCGGCAGGAGCUGCACGCGCAUUCAGCCAGUCUCAUAGGAAAGCAUUCAUAAUGCUUUCUUAUGGACGCUGGCAUCUUCUCACUGUGAUUUUCACAGUGAGAAGCACGCAAACGCCUCUAGCGGCUGUCAAUGAGACAGCCACUAGAGGCUGGAUUAACCCUAUUAUAAACAUAGCAGUUUCUCUGAAACUGCUAUGUUUAUAAAAAAAAAGGGUUAAUCCUAGAGGGACCUGGCACCCAGACCACUUCAUUAAGCUGAAGUGGUCUGGGUGCCUAGAGUGGUCCUUUAAUGGCCAACAAGAGCCUGCAGGAGCCUCCCGUGUGAGACUACAGUUUAAUUUACAGAGUUAAAACUAGAGUAUGGUUAGAUCUGAUUAAAAAAAUUAAAAAAAAAUUUUUCUCAUGCAGGCUGUGUCAGUCACAGCCAGGGGAAGUGAGGUUAGGUCUGCAAUAAGCAGAAACAAGAGUGCUUUAACUCCUAAAUGUCAUAGAAUUAAGCAGUGAAACUCCAGGGGCAUGAUAUAUACACCAAAACUGCUUCAUUAAGCUAAAGUAAGCUUGGUGACGAUAGUGUCCCUACAUGUAGAUUAAAUGGCAGUCUGCAUAGACCCACGUAUACACAGCACGCAAUGGCAGUCAGCAGUAGGUAUCCAUUAAUUUAUUCUCUGCAGUAGAUACAUUCCAUAUCCAAUACAUCAGGGCAACACUUUUCAUGUGCUGCCAUUCUGUAUGUAUAUGUCAUGUAAACCAUCCUGGUUAUAUGGGGGUGUCAGCCAUGUCUUGAAAUGCACUCUGGGUACCAAAUAGCAGCAAGUGAUGUCAUAGACAGGGCCUUUUGUACACCUUCUAAUGGUUUUAUAAAUGUAUGGUUUAAUGUAACUGUGAAGCACUUUGGGCAACAACCUUGGCUAUUAAAUGUGCUAUAUAAAUAAAUAAUAACACUUACUCCGCUCACUCCUGUUGUAGACUACUGGUGGAGGCAAGAACACUUCACACAAUUUCCCCAGAAAUUGUAGCUUUUCUAGUAUUAAAUUAAUUGUCUGAAACUGUCUCCCAGUGUGCUCAUGAGAAGCUUUGGGCAUGAAUGUAGGAUUAGUGAAAACAUGAUAGCUGUGGGUUGCUGGCAUGAUCUUUGGUUGGAUUUGUGGUUCUUCCAACCAAAGAGGGUUUCAAAAUGGCUGCAUUACAAAACAAAACGCAAGAAGGCUAUACUACUGUAAGCUUUCACUUUAACCCCUUAAGGACCAGACUUCUGGAACAAAAGGGAAUCAUGACAUGUCACACAUGUCAUGUGUCCUUAAGGGGUUAAACAAUACAAAUAUGUUGAUUGUUUUUCUUUGAUAAAUGUAGCCCUUGAUAGUGUUUUAAAAAGUCAUUUAGUGUAAUGAACUGUGUUUUGCCAGUCUUUACACAGGUAAAGAAAUUCUGUAGGUUUUAUUGCUUAUGGUUGACUAAGCAUGUGAUAGGCUCGUUAGGAAAGUUUCCGAGACGUGGGCGGCAGGUAAUUUAUACUGGCGUUCAGUAAAAUGUGCUAUAUAAAUAAAUAAUAACACUUACUCCGCUCACUCCUGUUGUAGACUACUGGUGGAGGCAAGAACACUUCACACAAUUUCCCCAGAAAUUGUAGCUUUUCUAGUAUUAAAUUAAUUGUCUGAAACUGUCUCCCAGUGUGCUCACGAGAAGCUUUGGGCAUGAAUGUAGGAUUAGUGAAAACAUGAUAGCUGUGGGUUGCUGGCAUGAUCUUUGGUUGGAUUUGUGGUAAUUUAUACUGGCGUUCAUUAAAUGUCCUACAUUGGAUUUGUAAUUGGAGUACAACUGUUUUGUCAUUUCACCCUCACCUGUUUAAUAGCCAGUAAUUAAUGUUUCAAUUUGUCUCUUCCUCGUCAUAUCUAUGUGAUUUAUUACUUUAGGUUAACUAGCAUAUAUACUUCCCUAGUGUCCUUUUUUAGGAGGGAAGUCCAUAAUCAGUCUUCGUAAAUAAGACACAUUUUUCUUGUUCUAAAUUCCAUUUUAGCGGGAUACAGUACGUUAUUGGUAAGUCACCUUAAAAUGUCUCAGAAGAGCCCCGCACCUGUUCACACCCUGUUAAUAGCGCUAAAAUAAAAGUGUUAUUCAUAUGAAAUAUUGGGAGAUAUGCCAGCAUCAUCACAGCCCUUUCCGUGUUGUGUAGGGGUGUUCCACACACAUUGUAGGAAAUAGAGGUUUUUAGCUAUUCUGUGAAAGUGACAAUCCAAAUUGGAAUUGCCCACCUCAAGUUUCAAAAUAUUGAAAAAUUAAAGAUAGAUAUCUCCUGGUUAUGCGUGUUUUUUUACAUUUGGGUUUUUGAUAAACCUCACAUAUACUAUAUAUGUCUAUAUAAUGAAAAACCCAUAAUUUUGGGCUCGACAAAUUCCAGAUGCCGGGUUGCCAUGGCAACCAGGAAUUUUGUUCUGGUGCCUGGUUUUUGUGUGCCUGUUUCCUCCGAGGCGGGCGGCAAGGGAGAUGUGAUAUUCUGAUGCUGGGGGCUGCAAUAUGAUGUUGCCCCGGCAUCACUAAGCGGCGCAUGAGGGAGCAGAGCAGGAAGAUCAGUGCUCCCUUGCCGCCUGCUGUAAUAUGCCGGCACACCUCCUUUCCCCCGUAGCUGCCCACUCAUUGGACCCCAGGAACGCCGAUGCACUCUAGUUCUCCGAUGGUAGGGAGGCUGGAUGGAUUUAAAUUGAAACAUAUAAUAAUGGUAUGUGUUAGUCAGUGUAUUUUGUGUGUGUGUUCAGAAUACAGAAUGUCUGGGCACACCCCUGGUUUCCUCAUAAGGCAGUCUUUAGGGGAGGAGCACAGAAAACAGACAGAGUUAAACUUCUAAGACAGCUGCUAAGAGCUGUCAUUUGCAUGCUGCCAUUGUUAAAGAGACACUCCAAGCACCAUAACCACUACAUUUUGCUGUAGUUGAUAUGGUGCACAGAUGCUCCCCCAAUGUAAGUAAUGAAAUCUUUUAGAACAAUUUGCCUUAUUACCUGGGGUCGGCAGAGUGUUACCCCUAGUAUGGCAAACCGGAGAGCUGGAAGCUCUCUGUCGGAGCUAAACCCGGAGGUGCAAGGCUCAUUUCAUUGGUUGAAAGGGAUAAAUUGGCAGUCUCAGCCAACACGCUAGCCCUAUGGUGCAGGGCUUAGCGCAUGAUAGCUAAUUAAACUCAUAAGCAGGAGCUUCCAGCUCUAUUGGGCUGCUGAGGAUGUGUUGAGCAGCACCUGGCGCACCCCAGGAGAGAAGUCAGACUGUUCUAAAAUGUUUUCUGUGUUCCUUUAAUGCUAUCCAAAUUCGCCUCCCCUGAAGCACGUGCUGAGUUACCAAUCACUUCACACAGUUCAGAUUAGUAACCAGAGUACUGGGCUCCUAUGUGAUGGGUUAACACUACUUGUCCCAUAAAUCACUGCUGGACAGAGAAUAAUGGAUUAAGAACAGAUCCGACAGACCAGAAUCAGAGGUUCCUGUUAAUUUUCUUUUCUUUUCAUGAUUUAAAGAAACACUAUAGUGCUGGAAUACAUCAUUUGGUCCCAAGCCCUCCUCUCUCUGGAGAUUAAAGGUGUUUUUAGUUACCUAUUCUUCCUUGCCGCACCAGUCUCGCCACGGCUGCUCCCUCCUCCUUAUCUGAUAUCAUCAGUCUUGAUGAUCUCAGCCAAUCACUUGCUUUCCUGUAGGAAAGCACUGGGAGGCUAUUGUGUAUGAACGGUAAGACGCAGCCCUCAUUUCCUCAUAGAGAUGCAUUGAAACAAGCAUUCAGCAUCUCCUUGCAGUGUGUGGAAACGCUAAAUGUAGGUGCUGCACAAUAUGCAGCACUGACCCAGGAAGCACUUGUUGUGGCUGUCACUAAAGGUGUUUUUAGGCAGUGAUGUAAAAGGCAGUGUUUAUAUUGAAAAGCGCGCGGGCAAGCUGUAGACACCAUAACAACUACAUUAUCUAUAAAAUAUGAUGGUUGGGGAAUAUUGUUUCCUCUUUAAGUAUAGUAUUUCCGCUUUGUUUUUCAACACAUCGGAUUGUGAAACUUUCAUCAAUGAAAGCUCCAGUCACACCCUGUUUAUGAUCUCUGCAAGCAAAGAUUCAUACAGUGUUUCUAGUUUAAUAAAGGCGCCUCCUCUCCUUGAUCCAGCUCUGACCAGAACGACCCAGCUUUAUCUAAAUCACAUAGCUCCUUUGGAAAGUACCACCGCCAGCUGUGAAUUGUUAGCAGGUCUAAGACUUCUCCUGAGAAUUGAUCAUACGUAUAGGAAGUGUAGUCGGUGCCUCCCUCCCUCCCCUCAGAAGUUACCAGAAAGAUUUACGGAGACUGGUAACCCUGUUACAUUGUUACUAUCCUAUUAUGACACCUGUGGGUUGCUAGUGGUAUUGUUUCUAUAGUUCUGUUAAUCUGUUGAAAUUGUUUCAUCCUAUUCUGUCACAAAAAAAUACAUUUCAUCUUUUUUUCUUUUUUUUUUUUUCUUUGAGUGUUAUAGUUUUCAUAAAAUACACAAGGAAAUGCAGGGACUGCUUUUCCUUAUCUAUAUAGCAGCCAAACGUUGACACAACUUGACAAUGGGCAGAGCAUACGCAGAGUACUAUUUCAGUUGCCAGUCAGAUUUACCCACAAUCCAUCAGCAAAAUGAGUUCCACCGAAGGAAAUAGCAAAUAUCAUGGGCAGAGGAGAACAAAAUGGCUGCACCCAGGAAUUGAAAUCCGACACAAGGAAGAAAAUAUAAGUAGAAACAAGGAAGGAUGUAUAAUCAUUAAGAUACAAGGGGCAUAAGGAAAGAAAGAAAAAAAAAAUUAAAAUGACAGGGCUGCUUUAAGAGAUUUGUUUUUUAAAGGACCACUCGGAGAGGGCGUGCUUCCUCAUUUGCUUUGUGCUGUAGCACAUAGAGAAGAAUGACAGAAGCAGCAUGCAUCCUGCUUCCCAAUACUUCAUUUAGUGAUGGUCUCCUUGAGGCCGAGUGGAGCUGUGGUGGUGUGUUUAUUUAAAACUCAGGACAAAAAUUUAAAUGUUUGUUAUAAUAUACACUUUAUAAUUAAACUAUACUGACAUAACUGCCGUCACUAAAGUAGGACUUUUAAUGCAAAUUAAUUUGUGUUUACCCUUUGGAAAAAUGAAUUGUAUCAGUGUGCAUGUUUUGCUUACCCGCUUGUUUUUUUUUUUUAAAUUUUAGUGCAUGUUUUCUGAGUUGAUAGUAAGAUGAUGACAAAAAUCGUGUAUGUAUUGCUUUUUUUUUUUUUUUUUAUGAUUUGGCUACUCUGGUCUUAAAGGGACAUUAUAGGCACUCAAACCACUUCAUCUCACUGAAGAGGUUUGUAUACAGUGUUCCAAUUGCAGUUUUAGGCAAAACAACGCUGGAAACGACACUAGGCUUCCCAUAGGAAAGCAUUGAGUCAGUACUUUCCUAUGUGGAAGGCUUCGCCAUGCAUUAACAUUAACAUUUUUUUAAAUUUUUUUUUUUUAAAUGCUCUUCGCUGUGGCAGGGCUGGAGAGGGGAAGGGGGAUACUAUAUUUGUGCAACGUAAUCUACUGUUCCCAUGAUCCUUUACUGCUUUGGAAUUGUAUAAUUGCGCAUGAUUUGCUUGUUUAUGGAGCACUGUGGUAACCCUUGUUGAUAAACUGUUUUGUGCAUCUCUUGCAGCUCAGAGCUACCAUUCUAUUCUGAACAUUAGUGAGCCGAAUGCCAGACUGAACGCUUUGAACGAGUUCCUCAGCACUCGUAGUUAUAUCCAGGGCUACACGCUUUCUCAGGCUGAUAUAGAUGUAUUCAAACAGCUCCCAGGACCUCCUCCUGAUCAUUACUUCCAUGUGGUUCGGUGGCAAAAGCACAUAGCGGCAAUCUCUAGUGACUCUACUGUAAAGAGUGCCUCAAAUAAAUUGCAGUUGUGUGAGUAACACAUUUCUAAGUAUCUUCAUGUUUAUAGAACAUAGUUAUCAAGAGGAGUGUUUGCUGAAUGACACUGACGUGUUCCUCUUUGAAAAGCUAUCUGGAUUUCUUAUUGAGGUUUUUAAUUAUGGAGUUGUUUUUUUUUUUUUAGUUACCCUUUAUAAUUUACAAGUAUAGAAGCCAGAGAUUGGUUAUGCACAGGAACCAUGUAGCACUUGUAACCAUGUAGAAAAAAAAAGUUCCUUCUUGGAGUGCUUUACGUAGACUUAAUAUGAUGAUCCCCGUUCUUUAUAACUUAGUUUGUGUUUCUGGAGUUCUCUGGAUAUUUGGUAACACUGAUUUUUAACCCCUUAAAGGACCACUAUAGUGCCAGGAAAACAUACUCGUUUUCCUGGCACUAUAGUGCCCUGAGGGUGCCCCCACCCUCAGGGUCCCCCUCCCGCCCGGCUCUGGAAGGGGGAAAGGGGUAAAAACUUACCUUUUUCCAGCGCUGGGCGGAGAGCUCUCCUCCUCCUCUCCGCCUCCGUUACGCCCCGCUGGCUGAAUGCGCACGCGCGGCAAGAGCGCAUUCAGCCGGUCUCAUAGGAAAGCAUUUACAAUGCUUUCCUAUGGACGCUGGCGUGCUCUCACUGUGAUUUUCACAGUGAGAAGCACGCAAGCGCUUCUAGUGGCUGUCAAUGAGACAGCCACUAGAGGAUUAGGGGGAAGGCUUAACCCAUUCAUAAUUAUAGCAGUUUCUCUGAAACUGCUAUAAUUAUGAAACAAUGGGUUAACCCUAGAAGGACCUGGCACCCAGACCACUUCAUUAAGCUGAAGUGGUCUGGGUGCCUAGAGUGGUCCUUUAAGGACACAACUUCUGGAAUAAAAUGGAAUCAUGAUGGAAUAUUUCCGUCAUGUGUCCUUAAGGGGUUUUAAACUAUUUUCCCUUUUCAAGGCCUGAAUAGUGGAAAAUGGGAUAUUAAAGUCCAUAUUAUUUACAAUUCGAGGGUGCCAAAGUUUUUUUGGGAUUUGUAUCCUGGAUAUUCCAUUCUUUUAUAUCCGUAAUCUGGGAAGUAAAUCAUUUGACAUAUUUUUGGCGCAAAUGUGCUGUGAGUUAGUGGAAUGGCAAUAUUCCACAGGAUGUUUGGUAUGUGCUGGUGCAAUACGCUAUGACCCUGUAUCCACUGUGCCACUGUAUUAGAAGCAUCAUUUCAUGUACUAUCUGUGUUAGCCAUGUGGUAGCUACUAAACACAUAUAUUAAAUGCUGCCAUUCCUUAUUUUGUUUUAGUAUUUUUUGGGGUUUUGGCCCUUAAAGGGACGCUAUAGUCACCAGAACAUCUACAGCUUAAUGUAGUUGUUCUGGUAGUAUAGUCAGUCCCUGCAGAUGUUUUGCGGUAAACACUGUCUUUUCAGAGAAAAGGCAUUGCUUACAUUACAGCCUAGGAACGCCUCCAGUGACCACUCAUCAGAUGGCUACUAGAGGUGCUUCCUGAGGCAUUGCUGCACAGUGUGCAGCACUGACAGUCAGUGUCUACACCCUCAGCCUGGAGAGGCUGAACUUUCCUCAUAGAGCUACAUUGAUUUAAUGCAUCCCUUUCAAGGGAUAUUCUGAUUGGCCAGGGUGGUGUUUGGCUCCACCCCCCUAGCCCACCUCUUUGGCUGAGAUCAUCAGAAUUCACAAUCUCAGCCAAUCAAAUGCUUUCCUAUGAGAAAGCAUUGUGAUUGGCUAAAAUCACCAAUUCUGAAGAUGUCAGCCAAAGAGGCAGAUCAGGGGCAGAGCCAGCACCAGUAGACUGUAAGAAAGGUACGAUUUUACUAUAUUUAGUGGGGCUAGUGGUCUAGAUUGACGUUUGUGUUCCUGACCCUAUAGUGUUCCUUUACUUUUUUUAUUUUUUAUUAUUGAACUAGGAUUUCAAAUUACUUGUUUUUUUUUCUGUUUAAGCCAUUCUGUUGUUGAUUUACUUCUAUGCUUCGGGUCAUUGUCCUGUUGCAACACCCAUCUUCUGUUGAGCUUCAGCUGGUAGACAGAUGGCCUUAAGUUCUCCUGCAAAAUGUCUUGAUAAACUUGGUAAUUCAUUUUUCCUUCGAUGAUAGCAAUCCGUCCAGGCCCUGACCCAGCAAAGCAGCCCCAAACCAUGAUGCCCCCACCACCAUACUUCACAGUUGGGAUGAGGUUUUGAUGUUGGUGUGCUGUGCCUUUUUUUCGCCACACAUAGUGUUGUGUGUUUCUUCCAAAAAACUCAACUUUGGUUUCAUCUGUCCACAGAAUAUUUUGCCAGCACUGCUGUGGAACAUCCAGGUGCUCUUGUGCAAACUGUAAACGUGCAGCAAUGUUUUGUUUGGACAGCAGUGGCUUCCUCUGUGGUAUCCUCCCAUUAAAUCCAUUCUUGUUUAGUGUUUUACGUAUUGUAGAUUCGCUAACAGGGAUGUUGGCAUUUGCCAGUGACUUUUGUAAGUCUUUAGCUGACACUCUAGGAUUCUUCUUCACCUCAUUGAGCAGUCUGCACUGUGCUCUUGCAGUCAUCUUUACAGGACGGCCACUCUUAGGGAGAGUAGCAGCAGUGCUGAACUUUCUCCAUUUAUAGACAAUUUGUCUUACCGUGGACUGAUGAACAGCAAGGCUUUUGGAGAUACUUUUAUAACCCUUUCCAGCUUUAUGCAAGUCAACAAUUCUUAAUUGUAGGUCUUCUGAGAGCUCUUUUGUGCGAGGCAUCAUUCACAUCAGGCAAUGCAUCUUGUGAAAAGCAAACCCAGAACUGGCGUGUGUUUUUUAAAGGGCAGGGCAGCUGUAACCAACACCUCCAAUCUCAUCUCACUGAUUGGACUCCAGUUGGCUGACAUCUCACUCCAAUUAGCUCUUGGAGAUGUCAUUAGUCUAGGGGUUCACAUACUUUUUCCACCUGCACUGUGAUUGUUUACAUGAUGUGUUCAAUAAAAACAUGGCAAGAUUUCAUUCUUUGUGUGUUAUUAGUUUAAGCAGACUGUGAUUGUCUAUUGUUGUGACUUAGAUUAUGAUCAGAUCACAUUUUAUGACCAAUUUGUGCAGAAAGCCAUAUCAUUCCAAAGGGUUCACAUAGUUUUUCUUGCAACUGUAUAUGGUGGUCUUCCAGUUGGCCAUUUCUGCUCUCUGAUUUACCUGUGUUAAAGAGACACUGUAUGACCUGGGCUGCCCUUGUGCCUCCAUUAAUAUGCAUAUGCACAGUUACGGAACCUUUUCACACAAAAAAAACUCCCAGUUAGCUAGGAGGGCCUGGUGGAAAUGCUCAUGAGCUUGGCAAUACCCAGGAGCCAGAGACACGUCCUUAAGAAAAUCUUGCUUCUUGUGAUUAACUUUCAGGAGAAUUUUAUUUAAAACCCUUCGAAAGCAUCCAUUCAGUACAGUAGCUAUUAAUAAGAUACUUUUGGCUCUUGGUUUGUAUUUUCAGAUACUGUAAAGCAUGGCUUUGGGGGAUGGGGCAAUAGUUACUAAAUAUUUGUCCAGCGUCAAAAAUAUACAAAACCUCUUUACACACAGAGCUUCACAUGGAGUAAGAAGCUGCCGUUUAACAUGUCACAGUCAGUAUAGGAUGUAUUUUGUUCUAGGAAGGUCAGUAAAGAUACAGAAUGUACAUUUUUCUAAAUUAUUAAAGGACCACUGUAGGCACCCAGACCACUUCAGCUCAAUGAAGUGGUCUGGGUGCCAGGUCCCCCUAGUUUUAACCCUGCAGCUGUAAACAUAGCAGUUUCAGAGAAACUGCUCUGUUUACAUUGCAGGGUUAAUCCAGCCUUUAGUGGCUGUCUCCCUGACAGCCACUAGAAUCUGCUUCUGCGAUUCUCAGUUUGAAAAUUGCAUUAAACUCACGCUGGACGUCCAUAGGAAAGCAUUGAGUUAUGCUUUCCUAUGGGCGGUUUGAAUGUGCGCACGGCUCCGGCCGCGCAUUCGGAGCGGACGUCGGUAGGGGGAGGAGAGGUCACCAGCGCUGAGGGAGCCCAGCGGGAUGGGGGCAUAUUUAUCAGAGUGUUCUGAAAAGUAGUGAUUAAAUUCCGUGAACUAAAAAGUGGCUUUUCUUCAUAAUUAGUUUGCCAUAAGGGACACUAUAUAGUCAUCAGAACAAAUACAGCUUAAUGUCGUUGUUCUGGUGUCUAUAACCUGUCCAUGCAAGCGUUUUAAUUUAAAACACUGCCUUUUCAGAGAAAAAGAACGCCUUGUGGGCUGACCUCAUCAGAAUUGACGAUCUCCGCAAAUCCAUUGCUUUCCUAUGGGAAAUCAAUUCUGAUGAUGUCAACCAAGGAAGCGGAUAAGGGGCGGAGUUUGCGCCGACAGACACGCGCAGCGCUGGAAUAAGGUAGUUUUUACUAUAUUUAAGGGGGUAAGGGAGAGCCUGGGGGCUUUAUAAUGUUUUUUUUUUUUUUUAACACUAUAGGGUCAGGAAUACACAUUUAAUUUCUGACCCUAUAGGGUUCCUUUAAUUCAACCGGAUACAUUCUUUAGCUAGUUUAACAAACUUCACACAUUUUUUUUUUUUUAAUGGAAUUUUUAAUCUUAUUUCAGGUAAGGGAAGACGCACUCAGCCACAAUGGUUAGCUCCAGAAGCCAAAGAACAACCAAAACUACGUCUGUAUAACAGUCUCACCCGCAACAAGGUAUGCUAAAUAAUUGCUACCAAACCUUACUCCAAGCAGAGUAAUGCUUUGUUGGUCAUGGCACCUUUUAGCAUAUUUUUAAAUUUUUUUAUUAAAGUACUAUUUUAUACAUUUCAAUUGCGAAUGAAAUGAUUAUUCAGUUUGUUUUCUUUCAUUUCUGUAGGAUGUGUUUGUGCCCCAGAAAGGUAAAAAAGUUACGUGGUAUUGCUGUGGACCAACUGUGUAUGAUGCCUCUCACAUGGGACAUGCUAGGUGCGUGUACAAUCGACUCAUGUUUAUAAAGACUGUUCGAAUCUUCCGCGUAUAUGAUAUUGCAUCCCCUCCUUUAGUAUUUAUGGCCAGAGUUAGUUCUUUCCUAGACACAUUUAUGCAUCUAGGAGAGGGUUUGAAAAUGGAUUAGUCACCAUGUAAACAUGGGGUAUCAAUCUGCUGAUGGCUCAACUUUUAUUUGUUCCAGAAUUGCUCUUUAUUUAAGACCCACGUUGUAUAAUUUGCGUUUGCCUGUCCUUUUGUUUAAAUAAUGCUGAUGAUGUGACAGAGUUCUUUAUUGUUAUAGCUUCACCAUCGGUUUGUCGAUAAUGGCAUUUUAAAGGUCUGUUGGUCGAUUUGUAGCUGUCAUGGAACCCAGUAUUAUGUCCAUCCCAAAAAAUCAAUCCAUAAGAAAUCUUAGCAUCAGGUUAACCAAAUAAGAGCAAAACAUAUUUUAAUAGGAAACGGUUAAAAAAAAAAAAAGAUAAUCUUAAUGUUUCUGUUAUUAAACCAUUUGGUGUACAUGAUCAUAUCUUCCACAAAUGUUAUGGAUAAAAAGAAAUCAGCUCUUAGUGAUAGGGGGUGAAGAAUUGCUGCAACUGGAGACACUGUUCCUUAUAUGUGGCCCAUAUAAAUUUCAUGGUGGGCCCAAUGUGUGCGUGGGCUGCAAUCCAUUUUAUGGGCACUGCUUCCUUGAAUUUCGUAGAUUAGCACAACAAAGGUUUGCUUCUGUUUAAGUAUUAUUAAAAAUAUUUUUUUUUUUUAGGUCAUAUAUUUCUUUUGAUAUCCUGAGGAGAGUGCUAAAAGACUAUUUUAAAUACGAUGUGUUUUACUGCAUGAAUAUCACCGACAUUGAUGAUAAGGUAAGACACCGGUCCAAUAUUAUGUUGUUUUGUCUUUGGCGGUGUAUUUGUUUUUUGCGUGGUGAUAAACGCUCCUGAAUCUACUUUUUUUCUUAUUGUUGGUACAGGCAUGGGGGAGGGAGGAGGUGAUACAAGAAUAUAUCAAGAACAUUAGAAGGUUCACUGGUUAAUGUUUCAGAUGUAAUGCCACAGCUUUUCAUCUGACAGAGGUCAAUAAAAUGAAUACUAUUAGGCUAGGUUUUAAUAACAUCUAGGUUUCAUGUUGUACUUAGUAAUGUGCGAAAGCUAAAUGUUUCUUUCCUGGUUAUGAUUGAUCUGAUCUGGUUAUUAUUGAUCUGAUUAUUAUUAUUAAAAAAUCAUAAUUAUUACUUUGUCAUUUUUUUAGAUUAUUAGGCGAGCCAGACAGAACUAUCUGUUUCAGCAAUACAAGGAGAGACAUCCUACUGCCUCCGCUCUCCUGUUUGAUGUCAAUACAGCAUUAAAGGUUUGUACUCAUUAUUACUCUAAUCCAGUGCUUCUCUCAUUACAAUGAGAUACAUUGACUGCUUGUUGGGUGAGUAGCAUGACUCUAAAAUAAGUCAUAUCAGAAAGCCUCAUAUUAAGGAAAAUUAAAGAGAGUAUACAUGUUUACAUCUGUUUUCAGUCUACUGUGACAUCAUCUCUAAUGUGUGAGUUAAAUAGUAAAAUCAGCUUUAUGAAAUACAGGAGAAAUCACUGGGUUCUGCCUAGUUUAAAGGGAAUUAUAACUUCAGUGAGAUUGUGUUUAUACUGCCUAGAGUGUCUCUUUAACACACGAAAAGCAUUUCAGUCUAUCUAGGGCAAUAGCAUGUUAGUUCAAAGCGGUACUUAAAGGGUUAUUUCCAGCAAAAAAAAACAAAAAAACAAUGUUUUAAUAAACCAUUAAUUUUGGAUGGAGCAACUCUUAUUGGCAUCCCCUCACUCAGAAAAAUAGGGAAAACUUAAAUUUAGUACUGAGGCCAGGUUCUUCCAGCAGCCUGACUCCUCAUCUGGCGUCCCUUCCCUCACUGGAGGGGAUGUUGAGGAGGACUUGGAUGGCAAGACGGGGGUGAGGCAUGCCGCCAUUGGCUGUCUGUCACCAUCAUGGUCUGCAUGCUGACGAUCCAUUCAGAAUUGUCAACAUGUAUAGUCACCAGAACAAAUACAGCUUAAUAUCCCUGCAGGCAUUUUAAUGUAAAACACUGUCAUUUCAGAGAAAAGAACGCCUCAUGGGCUGACCUCAUCAGAAUUGAUGUUCUCUGCAAAUCCAGUGCUUUCCUACGGGAAAUCAGUUCUGAUGAUGUCAACCAAGGAAGCGGAUAAGGGUUGGAGUUAGCGCCGACAGACACGCGCCACACUGGAAUAAGGUAGUUUUUACUAUAUUUAAGGGGCUAAGAGAGAGCCGGGGGCUUUAUAAUGUUUUUUUUGUUUGUUUUUUUGCAUAUCAUUGACAUAAUAGUGGAUAGUGUACAAGUGUAACUUCUGCUAUGUAGGUAGCAACAAAGGGGACAGUUAAUGUCUAACCAUUCAAAAUAGUAUGAGUUAAAAAAAAGUAUGGAUGGCUUGUACAAUAAGUAAUUAGGCUGGAGUGAUUGUGAUUAAUAGAAGGCCCCGGUAAUUAUCAAUUUGUCUUACACACUAGUAGAUUCUUAACUGUUUCGGGGAUGUUGUUUUACGCUGUCAAUAUAGUUAUUGGGAUUUCUAUUGGUGACAUUUGUACAGUUUUAUGACUGACUUUAUUACAUGACUUUAAACUACAGACAGUUCAUCCAUCGACUCAAAACUCCCUUUGUGAGAAAUGACUUCUCAGAGCUGUCGGCAUUUUCAGUGGCAUGAGAAAAGUGAGAGAGAUGAAAAGGGGAAGCUGUGGUCAGAAUUCUGAUUUAAACUGUACAUUCAGUAGCUAUUUUUACUUGCACAAUGUACAGAUAGUUGCUAUAUUUCUGCCUUGCUAUAUGGAGUCUGUGAAAUUCUAAAUAUUACCCUUGGUAAGGUGUGAACAAGCAAAUUUAAGCCCUGUUGUAUAAAUACAUAUUUUUUUUUUUUUUUUAUAUAUAUGUAAUUUAUAACUUUUGCUUUAACUAAAACCUUUGGACUAACCAGCGUGCUUGGGUCCUUUUUAACACCUUCCCCUCCACAGCCAUUUUUACAAAAGCUCAAUGAGACCACUGAUCCUGAUAAAAAGCAGAUGCUUGAGAAGAUUGAGAAGGCCGUGUCUGCUGCAGUCCGUCCACUCGAGGAAGCCCUGAGUCAAAGUUCGGCCGAGGGAGAAAUUUACACAUGCACACGGGUUAGAGUUAUUCUUAUCACAUUAAACAUGCAACCAGUAUGAACAACAAGGGCACAGUGCAAACUUACUGUGUUAUAUAAACCAAUAGAUGGAGCACUGCCCUUGAUUCAGCUUUAGUACCCAUUGUCAGAGUUAGCCAAAGGUAGGAGUUGUGGAUUUAUGGAAAAUGUUUUUUUUAUUUAAUUUACUUUUCCCUACACAUUUAAUAUUUAUAUAUGUAGGUGUCCAUAUAAUGACAUUAUAAUCGUAAUAAUUAACAUUUAAUAAUGUAUCCUAUUAAAUUCAUGAACACUGUUGUGGUUUAAAUUCUUGGUAAAUAAUAUGUAAAAAAAACCCUUUCAGGAGAUGAUAAAUUUUGUUUGCUAAGCCACUUUUUAAAGGACAAUUUUGGGGGGAUUUUUUAAGAGUGUCGUAUUCCAAAGAAUGCUGUUCUAAAUGGGUGGAGUCACCAAUGGAAUGUGAUACUUGUUCCACCAGUUUCCAUAGUGAUUGCCAUGUUUGGAAUCUUUACCACUUUAAAGACUACGACACUUUGAUAAGUCCUCAGAUUCACCACAAGUUAACAGACUAAUCUGUAUAUGUUUGUGAAAAUGUGCAUGGUCCCUUUUGUGCUCAAUCAAGAGUCUGUUCAGCUGCCACAAAUGAUUUUCUUUGGACCACUACUUUGAAAUGUUCACUAAUCAAUUAAAUAGAUUAAAGGGACACUAUAGUGACAGGAAUACAAAUAAGUAUUCCUGUAACCAAUAUAAAAGGUGAAUUUACUUCCUAUUAUGCCAGUUCUGCGAAACCCCAUUCCUUUAGAUGAGAUCAUCACAAUUGGCGAUCUAAGCCAAUCCAAUGGUUUCUCAUAGGAAAGCAUUGGCAGGCUAUUGCGCUUGCCCAGCAAAACACUGCACUAAUCAGCACCUCCUCAUAAAGAUGCAUUAAAUCAAUGCAUCUCUAUGGGGAGCGUUCAGCAUCUCCGUGCAGAGUGAGGAGAUACUGAACAUCAGAAAGCAUAUCUAGUGGCCGUCUGAGUGACUGCCACUAGAUGUUUUCUCUGUUAUUAACACUAAAAUGACUGCAAGGACAGGCUGUAGACACCACAAUGACUACAUUUAGAUGUAGUUGUUCUGAUGACUAGUGUCCCUUUAAAUAGGGUGCACUGACUCAGUCGAACAAACUACAAAAGUUAGAAACAGAUGGUUUUUCCCCAACUAAAUUUAAUGUUGUAUUAUUUUAUGUGUUCUAGAUAGUUUAAUAUAAUUUGUAGUAUAUGUGAUCUGUAUAUAGUGUCAUGAGUUAAUAAAACACGGGGGAGCUAGAACUUAGACUGGGAAUGGAGAAUUGAAAAGUGAAUUGAACAUUUUAUGCCAAAAUAGUUCAAAUGGUACAUUUUUCCUGCUCUCCUGUUUUUCCACAAUGCUUGUAAAAGACCAGAAAGUAACUGGAGAACUGAGUUUAUAUAUUUUAACCCAAUGAUUUUUUUAUUUUAUUUUUUAGAAAUUGCUGGAAGAGGCUGCAGACUUGCUGUCAGAUUGGCUGGAUACCCAGCAUGGUGCUGAAGUUUCAGAUAAUUCAAUUUUUUCACAGCUUCCAAAGUACUGGGAAGGUGAAUACCAUAAAGAUAUGGAUGCUUUAAAUGUAAGUACAACAAAGUAUUGCCAAGACUCUGCAAUAGAGAAACCUCCAUCAAUCCUCUGAUGUCGAUUGAGGCGGAUAACACAAGUCAUAACCUCGUUAAAAAAGACAGUUUUCCAAGUUGUAGAUUUUUAAAAAAUAUAUUUUAUGAGAGCCGCUCCAGAUAUUUGUAUUUUUUGGGUAGUGAACUUUAAAACAUUCAGACCAUUGGACCUAAUUGUUUCAUCUAGAUUUAAAUCUGGUUUUAGCAUAAGCUGUUUAUGUACUGUUUGGAUUCACCUCUUUUUUUUUUUUUGUAUGUUUACUGCCUUGUGAGCACAUUUAUACAUAAAAUAAACAAGGUACAAGUCAUUGUUUGAUCUCUAGCUGAAGGUCAUCUGGGUUAGGCUGCAGAUGCUGCCACUGUAAAAGAUGGUGUUGCCAUUGGAGAAUAAAAUAUAUAUUUCAAGGCUGUUUACCUUGCAGAUGUAGAAUAUACUGUUUUUAAGGAAGAAAUUAUGUUUUAAUUGUAUAAGGAAUAACAAAGUGCUGGCAGUCAGUACCUUUUAGGGGUCGGGCUGAGCUUCCCAACACGCUCAGGGUGCGGGCUGAGCUCCCAAAACAUUCAGAGGAUGGCUUAAACCACACAGAAUGCUGACUGACUACCUCAUAAUUUCAAUAAGUGUUAAGACACUUUUGAUAACAGACCCAUGUAAGUCAGGUCAGCUAUAAUAAUCCUGCAUUUGGUUUUCGGUUGUGCUAAUCUGGUCCCAAUGUUCUCCAUAGGUUCUCCCUCCAGAUGUGCUCACACGAGUGAGUGAAUAUGUGCCAGAAAUUGUGCAGUUUGUGGAAAAAAUCGUGGAUAAUGGUUAUGGGUAAGAGUUUUAUUAUAAACGGUUUAUAAAUAUUUGGGGUUUGACCACAAAACUUUUACCAUGCCGACAGUCUUAAAUCUAACCUUUUGUAUUUCCAACGGCUCCAGCUAUGUGGUGGUGUACUUAUGUUGAAAACCUGAUUUUCUAAUUUAUUUUAGAAUUUUACAAAGGAGAAAAAAGUGCCCAUUUGUUUCUCCAUUCUAGGGCCAGUCUACUUAUAUAUGCCAAAGUAUAUACAACCAGAUAGCAAAACAGCUGACUAUCUAAAAAUAGAAAGAUAUGCAAAACAUAGUGUAAAUCCACAUUAUAAAAUGAUGUGCGCUGUAACUAGAUGCACUCACAAGAAGGUAGCGUAAUUAGGCAUUCAUAAGGUGCCUCCCCAGAUGGUGGCAGGGGCUGUUGUUCACUUCCCUGGACGUACGCCACUGGAAUACAGGACUUCAGGUGGUCAGUUGAAAAAAAGCGGCUUUUAUUGAAUACAGCACAAAAAAUUAUUUCAAAUAAAUAAGAAUGUGGUCAGUCCUACGCGUUUCGUCCUUAGAGCUAGGACUUCCUCAGGGACCAUAUAUUAAAUGCAAAUCAUAAAAUGACAAUAUGCCACAAAAAAGCAGCUACUUAUAUAUGCAGCAGGAUGCCAUGGUGUUAAUCGACAACAAUUAAAUAAUUUAACGUCUUGAUAGUCAAAUAGCAGAAAUAUUACCAAAUUAGGCAAGGUAGAUAAUCAGCUUGAUUAUUUUGGCCUAAUGUUUGUGAUUUUGUUGCCAGUUCACCAUUUCAUGGCUUAGUGUAGGGUUAUCCAAACUCUGGCCCUUCAGAUGUUGCCAAACUACAACUCCCUUGAGCCUCUGGUUAUCUAUUUCAGUGGUUCCCAACCCAGUCCUCAAGGCACCCCGACCAGUCCAGGAUUUAAGGAUUACCAAGUUGUGUGUAAGGUGUUUUUUUUCUUCUUUGUAAAAACACCUUAGACACAACUGGGUAAUCCCUAAACCCUGGACUGGUCAGGGUGCCUUGAGGACUGGGUUGGGAACCACUGAUCUAUUUCAUUCAUAGAAUUAUGGCAGUUAUAGUUAAGCAAUAGCUGGAGGACCAGAGUUUGUAGAACCCUGGCUUAGUGAAGUAAAAUCCACUGCUUUUUUAAUUUCACUAAACAGUGCCUCGUGGGGCUUCUUGAUCUGCUGUGUGGUAUUGAAAGGAAUUGAAGCCACAUCAGAGCUGUCCUACAAGAAGCUGUGUGGCCAACAGAAGAGACAUUUAAACUCCUGCAAACUGUGAUUGUCACUUUUUUAUCUCUAUUUUUUUUUGCUUUCAUUAAAAUAAUUGUCGCUUUUCUCUAAUGUCUCCAGGUAUGUGUCCAAUGGAUCUAUUUACUUUAACACAGCCAAGUUUCACAGCAGUGACAGGCAUUAUUAUGCCAAACUAGUUCCUGAAGCUGUCGGAGAUCAGAAAGCUCUUAAUGAAGGAGAAGGUAUUUUAUGUGCAUUAACUACAAGGAUAUAGGAUCUUUCACUGGGUACAUGCAGUGAUCACACUCGAGACUUGUGGGAUGCUGUAUUUGGUAUAGUGAGAUGGGAUGAGAAAGCACGUUUACCGAUGUGGCCAUAUUUCUAGAGGAGCUGCUAGCCAAGUAUCUAGUUAAUAAUCCAGUUGCUAAAUGCAUUCAAAUAUGCAAGUUAAAAAUAAAUAUGGGUUUUCUAUUUUCUUCUUCAAACAGUUACCAAGUGCCGAAAUUCCUGACAUCUUAACUGCAAAUCUUGCUUUAGUUAAGCGGAUCAACUUAUUUUCCUUGUAUGUGCUGAGAAGUGUCAAGUAAAUGGCUUUCUCUGUGAUCUGCAAAUCCAAUGCUUUGAAUAGACAAACAUUACUUAAUUUAAAGAAAAGUAUUUGAUGCUUAACCGCAUUAUGUGAGUGCUGAAAGCAUUUGCUAGCAUCGAGCUGAGUGACCGCUCGAUGCUAGUGUCGAGUCAAAAAAGCAUACGGGUCCUCCCCCAUCCUUCAGGUCUGGUGCUAAAUGGUAGGGGGAGUGAUGCAAUUGCUGGCAUAUAACUGAACACUGUACAAGCUCCAGUGCUCACACCUGCAAGUACUAAAGCCAACUCUCUGCUUCAGCAGUUUAUGAUGUUAUGCACACUGAUGCUGAAUGUGAAAAAAUAUAUAAAUAUAAAUUAUGAAAGACCCCACUGAUAGUGCAGCUGUUUAGAGGGCAUGGUUAGAGUAAAAUAAAACCAGUGCUGUAUUCUUCAAACAGCCCUGAAUUAAACUAGAAGGCUGCAGGGGCAGAUUGUUUGCACCAAAACCACUUUAUUAAACUCUUUUACAUGUUUAGAUUGUCCCUGUAGUAUUGCUAAAACAAAUCUCCAUUAUUUACUAAUACAAAUUUAGCAAAUUCAAAAAAACAUGUUUUUUUUAUAUCAUUACAGCUAGAAUAUGGAUAAUGACACACACGACUGUUUUGUUUGUAAAUUGUGAUCUAAUUAUUAACAUCCUCAGGUGACCUCAGCAUCUCGGCAGAUCGUUUGAGUGAGAAACAAUCGCCAAAUGAUUUUGCCUUGUGGAAGGCGUCCAAGCCUGGAGAGCCUUCAUGGGACUCUCCGUGGGGAAAGGUAAAGGCUUUAAUUUAUGUAUUUUUGUCUUCUAAAAUAUUAUCCGUUUACAUUUAUCUUGUUUCUUUUUCUUUCCUUUUGUUCUGAAAUAGACUUUUAUUAAAUCUAAAGUUUUCUGCACCUUAUAGGGCAAAUACAGAAACACAUCUCAUUGACAGGAGCUGGGUUAAAUGGUUACCCCAGUCAUCAUGACUACUAAAGCCUGCUGUAUUAUGCCAUGAGUGCCCUGGGGCUAUUCACUGGUAAUAGGGCAAACUAUUUCACAAUCAUUUGUUCUCUUACCUGGUCCUGCCGAGUGCCAAUGGUCCUCUGAAGCAGUGGUUACGACAUCCAACUUCUGCAUAAUCUGGAUGCCGAUCCUGCCACUCAUUCAUUGGCUGAGAGUGUCAUAUUCUUAACCAAUGAAUUAGAUUCUGUUCAUCCAAAUUUUCACAGUGUUAACAUUAGCCAUCCCAGGACUCUAGUUACACGGUACACAUACAGACUAAAGCACAAUGAUCACUUUACAUAGUUACAUAGUUGAAGAGACUUGUGUCCAUCAAGUUUAACCUUUCUCACAUAUUUUUUUGCUGUUGAUCCAAAAGAAGGCAAAAAUCACAGUUUAAAAUCGCUUCCAAUUUUUGCAACAUACUAUGAUAAAAUUCCUUCUUGACCCCAAAAAGGCAGUCAGAUGUCUCCUUGGAUCAAGAAGCUAUUACUCACCCAUUAGAAAUUAUAUCCCUGUGUGUUAUGUUUUUGCAAGUAUUUAUCCAAUUGCUGUCUAAACACCUGUAUGGACUCUGCUAAAACCACCUCUUCGUGCAGAGAAUUCCACAUCCUUACAGUUAUUAAUGUAAAAAAAAACUUUUCUUUGCCUUAGACUGAAUCUCUUUUUUUUUUUCCAGCCUAAAUGCGUGACCUUGUGUCCUAUGUAUAGCCCUGUUUAUGAAUAGAUUUCAAGAUAAUGGUUUGUAUUGGCCCCGAAUAUAUUUGUAUAAUGUUAUCAUAUCCCCUCUGAGGCGCCGUUCUUUCAAACUAAAGAGAUUUAAUUUUUUUUAACCUUUCUUCGUAACUAAAAUGCUCCAUUCCUUUUAUCAGUGUUAUAGCCCGUCUCUGCACUUUUUCUAGUGCCAUGACAUGCUUCUUUAGAACAGGUGCCCGAAAUUGCACAGCAUAUUCAAGGUGUGGUCUUACCAGCGAUUUAUAAAGAGGCAAAAUUAUAUUUUCAUCCCAAGAAUUUAUGCCCCUAUUUAUACAUCACAAAACCUUACUGGCCUUAGCAACGGCAGUUUGACAUUGCAUAUUGCUGCCAAAUUUGAAAAAGAACCAGGGCAAUUUGCAUAUUAGGCUGAUCCCAUCCAAAAGGGUAGUCCAGACCCAAAAUGCGGGCCGUUGCUCUCUACAAGAGAUACAUCAACCACAUACGAUCGUUUCAGCCUUGUUAGGCCUCGACAGUGAGGUAUAGCUGAUACCCGUGAACAAAUCCUUAUUUAAAUCACUGAAAGUAUCACAGUGCCUGGAGUAAUCCUUUAAGAAUACCUUUAGCUAGAUAUGCUAAAUUCAGAAAAUAAAAUAAAAAAUGUUCAAGCCAAGACUAUGGUUUACCCCUUUAACAAGAGUUGUUGUACUUUGCUUUUAGCAGAAACCUUAUAAAACUCCCCUAUUCUGAUCACAAUCUAAUCUUGAUGGCCACUUACAGUGUGUACUGUGUGUACCCCAAUUACAAAAGGGGUCCUUCAGUUAGAUGAAGGUUUUGCAUCCUUUAAAGUUAAGAAUUAUACCACGUUGAAGUGAAUUCACCAAGUGAAUUGCUGGAAAGAUGAAACCGAGAACACACCACAGUCUUGUGUUUUAUAUUAUUCUAGCAUGAGAAUGAUCUGGAUUAAUCUUUGUCUUAUGCAGGGCCGCCCAGGAUGGCAUAUCGAAUGCUCUGCAAUGGCCGGAUCCAUCCUUGGCGAAUCCAUGGAUAUUCACGGAGGAGGUUUCGAUCUUCGAUUCCCCCAUCACGACAACGAACUGGCACAAUCAGAAGUAUGUGAUAUAGCUUAAACCUGGACUAAUCAUUUUAAUAUAUUUAAACUGCAACUGUAGAAAACAGUGUUCGUAAGCAUUCCAAACGGAGUUCUGCAGUAUAGUGUUCUACCAGAACCUCAGUAAAUAGGUUUAGCCAGACUUACAAAUUGCUAAACUCUGGAAAAAGAAAUACAGAAGUAGAAUAAAAAUAAAAAAACAGUGAUCAGAGCUGUCUGUUGUUUUAAUGUGUUUUAGAAAGAUUACUUUUAAAAUCUUUUUAAUAAUACAUGGACUUUACAUUUCCCAGUACUUGUUCUCAGAGCGUGAUAGAUAUAGAACAUUUAAGUGGCCACUUUCAUCUUAACUUGCUAUUUACCUAGUCUAAAAUCGUUUGGUACUCUAGUUUUGAAAGCAUUUCAUAUGUAUUAUUUCAGACUGGAGUUUUCUCCAAUUGUUAAUACAUUAUGCAGAUAAAUGAGGAUGCAUGAAAAAAUAUAAUUUAAACAUUUCCUUGGGGAGAGCAAAAAGCAAGAUGCAAGAGAGUACUGAAAAUGGACAACUGCUCAAGUAGCCUGCUCUUCGGUGGGGUCCCAGUUCAGAUCUCAAGUUGGUUUUAGCUCAUCUUGUGGCAUUACAAAAAGAACCAGGGCAAUUUGCAUAUUAGACUGAUCCCAGUCCAGACCCAAAAUGCGUGCCGUUGCUCUUUACAAAAGAUACAGCAACCACAUACGAUCGUUUCAGCCUUUUUAGGCCGCGACACUGAGGUAUAGCUGAUACCCCUGUAGGCACUGUGAACAAGGGGUCCAUGUCUGGAUUGAAAACAAGCAUUCUGAACUAUGAGUUCUGCAGUAUAGUGUUCUACCAGAACCUCGGUAAAUAGGUUUAGCCAGGCUUAAAAAUUGCUAAACUCUGGAAAAAGAAAUACAGAAGUAGAAUAAAAAUAAAAAACAGUGAUCAGAGCUGUCUGUUGUUUUAAUGUGUUUUAGAAAGAUUACGGACAACAGCUCAAGUAGCUUGUCCAGACUUGUAUAGAGGAUCCUGGGUGCUGCAAUGGGCCGCUUCCUUCCAGCUACAGGCAUAACCAGGAACCUGCACCAUAUGUCCACAGGCGUUUCUUCCCACAGCCAGGGCGAAGCCUUGAGAUCCCCGUGAUGAUAUAUCCCCCAGGUGAAUGGACAGUGUGAGGCUACUCUGACCUUCGUGGCUCACUCCCUGGGAGGAAGUUAACGCAGUGAAGCUCUGCCUUGGAGCUGUGUCAUAGGAGCAGGUGAAAGAGACGGCUGUAGCGAUGUCUGUAGAUAACCACCCAUAUGUUAGUUGAGGUCUGCCACUCACGUUUGACAUCUCCGCCAUUGUGGAAAGGACUCGAUGGAGCCAGCCUCACUGGCUUUGCCCAGAUUCAGAACAGGCACAAAUAGGGGAGUAUGCUGUUCUUAAUGGGGACUGGGACAACCCCCACCGACCCAAAGGAAGGGUGUACGGGGCUCAAAGAACAACCAGCAAGCCUGUGAUCCCUUUACUCUAGAGUCCCUGUCGAGGGAAAUGGCCAUUUUACCCGCCGAGGAGAUGCACUAGGCCGUCGCGCACGGGAGCUCGCUCAACAUGCAACCACUCUGCUCAAAUGCCAGGCCCCGUCCACUGAAGUGUUCAUUUUACAUUGCUAGAUGAUAUUUCUAUUGUUUAAACACCUUUAUUAAAGCAAGGCUAAUAAUUGAAAUUGCCAAUUUAUUAAUACUUUGUUGCUAAAGUCAGGACUGCCAUGAUAUAUAAUUAUACCUUAAACAUUCUUCUAUGAGUACUGUUUGUAUUGAGUUUUAAUAAUUGAUUCUUGUUCCAGGCUUACUAUGAUAACAACCACUGGGUGCGUUACUUCCUUCAUACUGGCCAUCUGACCAUUGCCGGCUGCAAAAUGUCGAAAUCCCUUAAGAAUUUCAUAACUAUUAAAGAUGCACUGCAGAGAAAUUCUGGUAAGGGAAUAACAUGCCUUGUACAUUCAUGCUUUACUGCAUACAUUGGGAAUACUCAAGUGUGCUUGAAAAGUAUAUGGAAAUGUCAAAAUGUAUUUUUAUACAGCAAUUCGUAAAACUGUAUUUAUUUGGCACUCCCAGAGUGUUAUGUAACAGUAUGUAAAGGAGCACGUACUGUCAAUCUGCAGAGUCCCUGCCCACUUUUCUGUAGAAGGUCCUAUCACUGGAGCUUGUUAUUUUAAACAGUUUUUGUAAACAGCAUCUCUUAAAAGCUUGUAUGCUGUGUGAGAAAUGUGUGUGGUCAUCAGAGGCUCAGCUGGUUUGGUUUCCUUUCUAGAGGGUGCUGUAAUAUAAAACGUGUUGGCCCCUGAGAGAGGGAGGCACAGUAGUUAGGCUUAGACCAUUUGAUCAUCCAGUAAUCAUUCAAUAUGAAAUAUUGAAAGUGGGCUUGUCAUUCACAUAUCAGUGGCUGAAUUUCCUGUUUAGAUCAAAUACACAAUUUAUCCAUGUGGUGUCAGAUACAUCUUGUGUUUGCCCCUCAAAUGACAACAUUUUUGUACUGCGAUAUGUUUAAAACCUUACGUGUGGCCCCUCCACUCUAUGGAUAUAGAAUUGAAAAAAUAUUUUAGGACUAAUCAUUUUGAUAAUUUUUUUUUUUUAUGGUGUACUUAUUUUAUGGAUUAAAGGACCACUAUAGUGCCAGGAAAACAUACUCGUUUGUCUGGCACUAUAGUGCCCUGAGGGUUCCCCCACCCCCAGGGUCCCACUCCCACCCGGCUCUGGGGAGAGGAAAGGGUUAAAACUUACCUUUUUUUUCCCAGCGCCGGGCGGGGAGCUCGCCGCCUCCCCUUCCCUUCGGCUGAAUGCGCACGUGCGACAGGAGCUGCGAGCGCAUUCAGCCGGUCUCAUAGGAAAGCAUUUACAAUGUUUUCCUAUGGACGCUUGCGUGUUCUCACUGUGAUUUUCACAGUGAGAAGCACGCAAGCACCUCUAGCGGCUGUCAAUGAGACAGCCACUAGAGGAUUUGGAGGCUUGAUUAACCCUAUUAUAAACAUAGCAGUUUCUCUGAAGUGGUCUGGGUGCUUAGAGUGGUCCUUUAAAGGAUCAACAAGGCAAUCCUUACACUGAUUAGCCACAACAUUAAAACCACUGACCAACAUCUUGUUGAAACAUUAUCUGUUUAUUUGGGUGGCUGAAUAAACCCACAUUGCACCAGGAAUUACAGAGAGUCACAGUUAUUGCAUUGCAUGAUUGAAAGGUGUUAAAACACACAGUACAUCGCAGUGCCCUGCAUGUGGGGCUAUGUCAGAGUACCCAUGUUGACCCCUGUCCACUGCUGAAAGUGCCUUCAAUGGACUAAUAAAGCAAUGGAAGAAGGUUUAACAGGUCUUAUAAGUUACAUUUUCUUUUCGAUCAGGUGGAUGCAGAUGCAUGUGUAUUGGUUUCCUAGGAAAGAGAGGGCAGCAGGAUGCACUAUGGGAGGAAGGCAAGCUAGCGAAGGCAGUGUUAUGCUCUGGGUAAUGACCUGCUGGAAAAUCUUGGGUUCUUGUGGAUGUUACUUUGACACAUACAGCUUACCUAGAGAUUGUUGCAGACCACGUACACCAUGGCAAUGGUGUUCCCUAGUGGCAGUGACUUCUUUCAGGGUAUGCACACUGCAAAAGUGUUUAGGAAUGGUUUAAGGACCAUGAAAAAGAAUUCAUGGUGUUGCCUUGGCCUCCAAAUUCCAAAAACAUUUUUUAGGUUUUUUUUUUAUAGCCAAUCUUUAAUAAAAUGUGCUCAAAUAUUAGGGAAAUGGUCUCACAGAUUGUAGUUUCCAUAAAAUGGUACUAUAUUUCUCUGAACAGCUCGACAGCUGCGCUUGGCGUUCCUCAUGCACUCCUGGAAGGAUACCCUGGAUUAUUCCAACAACACCAUGGAGUCUGCUGUCCAGUACGAGAAGUUCAUGAAUGUAUGUAAACUCUUAUAACCUUUACCAACUCCAAGGGAAUCCUACAGAUCCCUUUACUCUAGAGUUGUUCAACCUGUCUCGUCCAUAUUUUUGGAGUACAACUCGCAUAAACCUCUGCCAUUAUCAGAAUAUUCAGAAGAUGAGGAGUUGUUUGUACAAAGGUCAAAGGUCCCAGCUUGGUGUCAUCUGCCUUUAGUGACUGUGAUGUAACAUUUUGUUUUGCUGAGAUGCUGAUUUUCAUCAGUAUGUGAUUAUCUAUAGCUAUGUCAAACUGUUGCUGGGAACUAAAUAGCCCAUAUUUAGGGGACCCUAAAUUUAAUUGGCAACUGCCAUCACAUGCUCUCAAAAAAAAAAACUCCAGCAUAGUUUGUUUGAGAAUUUUUAUUAAAAUAUUUGUUUUGGGUUUAUUUUUAUGAAACCGUCAAAUUGCAGUCGUAUGAAAACUUUAGGCCAGGUUCGCUGAUUUGGAAAAUGUCCUCAAAUCGGCUGUAGUCACGGAUGAGCAGUUUUAGCUUGGACUUUGCAGUUCACUGUUUGGUGAAUAAAUACUUCUUUGUUCGUUUCAGGAAUUCUUUUUGAAUGUAAAGGAUAUUCUGCGAGCCCCUACAGACAUCACAGGGCGCUUUGUGAAAUACGAACCUCAGGAGAUAGAACUGAACAACAGGUGCGUGAAGAUGACACAUUUUGGCUAUAUGUCCUUCACAGAAAUUCUUAGUGCUUGCAGCUGUUUUUGUGACCGUUACCUUGCAGUGUUUAUCAUUCAGAUACUUUUACAUUUGCUUUUAAAAGGACGUGCAUUCUGUCCUACCCCCAACCUGCUUGUUUGCUUUUUUGCUCCAGUAAUAUAGAUGUAUCAAGCGUGCACGUAAGGAGUUAUUGGAAGCUAUAAUUCAGCUGACUGCUAUCUACUGAAACUGUACUUUCAACAAGUAAAUUACUCUAUAAAAACAAAGAUCAAAGCUAUCUGCACUAGUGUUCUAUUACACAGAUAACCUAAUUCAGUUAUUUUAUGAGUGAAACAAUUUACUGGCUGAGUAAAUAAAUUACUGCGCUGCCCAUUAAAUUGCUGGUUCACUUCUUUUGAAAGUAUGUGAGCGAGGAAAAAUGUCUUGUCACAAUGCCUUGUACCAGCUACACUCACUGCAACCGUCAUAUUUGCAGUUUAUGCCCACAUCUUAGAGGUAUAACUUUAACUAGUUUGGCUAUAAAUAAAAUGGAAUGAACACAUUUGCUAAGAUAAGAGUACUGUAAUGUAUACAUUGGUUAUUUUAUGACGACCAUGCUGGGAAGCUGCUGAUUUAAAGAAGGACUGGUAACAACAUAGUCUAUUUUCUCCCCAUAUUUCCCACCAGCUUUUAUGACAAGAAAGCUGCUGUGCAUGAAGCCUUGUGUGAUAAUAUCGACACUCGGACUGUCAUGGAGGAAAUGCGAUCUCUCGUAAGUCAGUGUAACUCCUACAUCGCAGUAAAGAAAGCGGCCAAGCAGGCUCCUAACCGAAUGCUUCUGGAGAAUAUCGGCCAGUACCUGACGGGAAUGCUUCGGGUAAGUCAUGCAUCUCCUCCUUACAGCGUCAUUCCUUCAUGUACAUUUAGCAUUCUCUGUUUUUGACCUUGGCAUAUAACUACCUGAUUCUUUUUCCCCACCAGUAAAUAUUUAGGGAGAUGCUAUUACUCCUUUAAUGGAUUGUUAAUUGACCAGAAUAAGCAAAUAUACAGGGCUUGUACAUAAAUGAACAUUAGUAAUAGUUUCCAUUAAAGGAACACUAUAGCAUUAGGAAUCCAAACAUGUAUUGCUAACUCUAGAGUUUGAUAAUAACUGUGGAUUAUCAGUCCACUCUGUGGGCAUUUAAAAAUACAAAAACCUUUUACUUAUUUCCUGUUGCGCCAGUCUCUCCGUGGCCACCUCACAUCCUCUGGCUAAGAUCAUCAUCAUUCGCAGCUAAUCCAAUCAGUCAAUGCAUCUUUAUGCAGAGCAUGGAGAAGCAUAACAUAGAUUUUGCAAUCUUUGCUUGUCCAGGAAGUCCCUCUAGUUGCUGUCAGAGUGACAGCCAUCAAAGGUGGCAUUAGACUACAAUGUAAACAACCUCUUUUCUUAGAAAAAUCUGCAUUUACAUUGCUCAGUCUGCCAGGACAGGCUGUAUGCACCAGAACCAGUACAUUAAACUUUAGUGGGUCUGGUACCUAUAGUGUCUUCUUAAUGAUGCAUCAUAACAAGAUCUUUGCAGAUACAUUGUGCAUUGUUAGUCAUAGCAAUAAAGGUGAUAGAUGUGACCAGCAACUGCAGCAUUUUUCUCAUGUGCAAAAUUUAAAAAAAUAUAUGUAUAUUUUUUUUUUUGUUAUCUUGCAUCAACUAUAUAGAGGAUAAGAAAAACAAAACUCACAUUAGUAAAGGUUAAAAAGUAAGGCUGUGGAUAUGACUUUCUUAGUAUAUAUAUGAUAUAUAUAGGGGGAUGUUUCCCUAUGCAGUAGCACUUGGUCAUAAAGAAAUGACAUUAAGGUCGAAACGGCUGUGGGCUCCAUGUGAUAUUAAAGGAACACAAAGAGUCAGGAACACAACCAUGUAUUCCUGACCCUAUAGUGUUUAACCCACCAUUUAAGUGGCUUGCCCCCCCACCCCCUUGGCUCCCUUAAAAGUUAGUCAAACUCACCUUAUUUCCAGCGCUGCGCAGGUCUGCCGGCGUAAUACUGGACUGGUGGUGGGCCAUGAGGACUGGGUUGGGAACCACUGCAUUAGAGGAUAAGAAGCAAAUAUAUUUUUUCUCUUGAUGCUGACUAUGCCAAGUGUAAAGGGCAGAGCCUAUAAAAAUGGUUGACAUGGAGACGCCCAGUUCCAGGGUAGAGUUACAAUUUCAUUUUCAAACCACACAAACGUGGGUUAAAUGUUUGGCAUAAAUAAGCACAAUGUUAAAAUCCUGGGAUAUGGGAACCUUGUUUGGGGGAGGUUUAUUAUGUAGACCCAAAUGAAAGAUUGAAGGGUGUACUGGAACUGAUUGGUAAUCUGCUAUGAUUGAUGUACCUGCCAUUGAAGCUUAAUACGCUAACAUUACAUUGAGUAUAUUUGUCCCCCCCCCAAUCCACCCCAUUUUGUUUUAAUAAACCCCUUGUGCAGAGGAGUACGAUCACACAAUAAAAACAAACCUCAGAGUGCUCUUGAAGCUCACCUUCAUAUUAGCUGCCGACAGAGAAUCAUUAGUAAUGGCAUCUAUGUGUAGGACGUAGAUAAAGUCUAAAUCAAUCUAACAAGUCACUGUAAUUAUCUUGGAAUGUAAAAAGUCUCAUAUAAAGCAAGUCUAUUGAAAAGAAGAGUUUUUAUUUUUUAUUUUAUAUUUUUUUUAAACAGAAUCUGCUGAUUAUACAUUGAACCUAUCCCAAAAUAUAUAAAAUGAAAACUAUAUAUAUUUAUGAAUAUGAAGCGGGAUUCUCUCCCUGCUCACUUUAAGGCCAGGUUUUAUAUUCUGAGAGGGCCGGCCGGCCGCCCACCCACAAACAGAGAUGAAUUGAGAGUCUGUAGUGUGGAAAAAAAGGGAUUUCAGACUUUGUGAAUGAAUAAACAGGAAGGUUUAAACAUCUCCAUUGGAUCUCUGAUAAUUGAUGGAUUUUUGGGAUAUUUAAAUUUGACUAUUUUAUAAAGACUUGAAAAACUGCUAAAACUCUCCAAGCCAGCUGUGGUUUCAAUGUGGCUAUUUUAAACUAAAAUUUGAAAGUCACUUUGAAUUUGGAUGUAUUUCAAUGCAAGAACUUCCUAAUAUUAUAUUUUAAGUCUUUGUGUAAUAAAGACAUUUUAAAAGCUACUUUUUUUCCCACUUACUCGUGAUUCUAGAAAGUCUUCAUUUUGGAGCUGUGUACUUGUAAAGUGACUUUUUUGCUUUUUGCCAAUCUUUGUUUUGUUUUUGUUUUUUUAGAUAUUUGGUGCUAUUGAAGGGGAGGAGCCUAUUGGAUUUCCUGUAGGGGGCAGCGCACAGAGCCUCAAUGUAAGUGCCCGCUGUGGGUUCAGAUUAAUGUUUCAUGUCAAUAUUUUGUGAUUUUAUUCUGUACUUUGAAGAAGACUUUGUAUAAACUGAAAUCAUACAAACUGUCCUUUUAGCACCUUUAACCUAGACAUUUAGAAUUCCUUAAAUCAAGCAUGUCAGACUAGUGGCCCACAAUGGAUAUAUUUGCGGCCCAACUGCCCUGGGGCCUCUUUGUGUUGUGGCUGCAAAUAUAUUUUCUGUCUGAUUCCGGUUUUCUCACUCAUGGCCGAUCGCAUGCUCCUGCAGGCCAGCCACCCCACCCCCCCUUUACUCCUGGUCGCAGUCUGGCCUGCUUGAGCAUAGAACAGGGGGAAGAACUGGAGUAUGUGCGGCUCACCUUAAGGUAGGGGAAGAGGGUUUUGGGGGGCCUUCCUGUGUAGUGUGUUAAAUUGGGGAGGGUGCUUUGCAUUAAUUUGAGGGAGAGAGCAAUGUAUUAAAUUGGGGGAGGCAGUGGGCAGUAUAUACAUUUUUAGGGAGGGGGCACUGUAUUGAGUUGAGGUAGGAAGGGGGCAGUGUAUUAAAUGGGGAGGGGGCAGUGCAUUAAAUUGGGGGAGGGAGGAGGGGCAGUAUAUUCAGUUAGAUUAGUGGGCAGUGUACUGGAUUUGUGGAAAAAUAAAGAUAAUUUAGGCGCUCACUAUAGUGAUGGAAAAAAUAGGGAGUGGGCAGCAGUAACCACACAAGGAUUCCCUACCUUGUGACAAAGCAAAUAGUGAACAAAGAAAAAAGAGGAAACCGCGCCCUUAUUGUGAUACGUAAAUACGUACUCAAGUCCUUAUGGUCAUAUACUUGCAAUGAUGUACCUCAAAAAAGAAAAAAAGAGAUAUACAAAUAAUAGUGUAGCACUGUUAAUAUUCCAUAAGUGAGCAAGAGGUAGAUAGAUGUACACUCACAUGUGACAGAGCUAGAAACAGAGCUCUACUGUUCAUGCGCAUAGACGGAAUAAUCCCCGUCUUAGGAUAAAUGUAAAGUGGUCCACGUCUUGAAGGUCUCAAAUAAAGAACAUACAGAUAGACAGGGGAAUCCACAUAGUGUAGUAUGUAUUAAAAUCACUUAGGAUAAUGAAUAAAAUGAGAAACACUCUAUGAGAAAGUCCAUAAAAAAUCCACUUUACGCAUUUCACCUGUAGAGGCUUCUUCAGAAGUGUGGAAGCCUCUACAGGUGAAACGCGUAAAGUGGAUUUUUUAUGGACUUUCUCAUAGUGUUUCUCAUUUGUUUUUAUGUACAAUAAACAGUUAUUAUUUUAUAUAUUUUUAUCACUCUGAGACAUCCAUAACUAUAUAUUUUUUUCCUGGUUGCCAUUUUAUUCCUUGGUGGGGAUUAUACCACCUAUACGCUUUAAACUAGAGCGAGGCACGCUCUAGUAAAUGUGAGUACGAUACUUUACAUUUUAUUCAUUAUCCUAAGUGAUUUUAAUACAUACUACACUAUGUGGAUUCCCCUGUCUAUCUGUAUGUUCCUUAUUUGAGACCUUCAAGACGUGGACCACUUUACAUUUAUCCUAAGACGGGGAUUAUUCAGUCUAUGCGCAUGAACAGUAGAGCUCUGUUUCUAGCUCUGUCACAUGUGAGUGUACAUCUAUCUACCUCUUGCUCACUUAUGGAAUAUUAACAGUGCUACACUAUUAUUUGUAUAUCUCUUUUUUUCUUUUUUGAGGUACAUCAUUGCAAGUAUAUGACCAUAAGGACUUGAGUACGUAUUUACGUAUCACAAUAAGGGCGCGGUUUCCUCUUUUUUCUUUGUUCACUGGAUUUGUGGGCAGUGUAUGAGAAUGGGGGGCGGGGCAGUGUAUUAGAUUGGGUCUGCGUGGAGGCACUGAACAUUCCCCAUGGAGAUGCUGAUUGGCCGUGCAGCUUUUUGCCACACAUGCACAACAGUCAUGGGAAAGCAUUGGAUUGGUUGAGAUCAUCAAGUUGAUCUCAGCCAAAGUGAAGAACACACUCAUAGGACUUCAAAAUCAACAAGAGCUUUUCAUAAUAUGUCAAGAUAGUUGGACUGAAACAUUGGUUAUAUGCAAAUACAUAUCUAUUUAAAAUAAAUUCACUCUUUUGUUUACUUUGAAGCCCUACGAACGUGAGGACGUCCAGUGUCAGGCAACUUUUUUUUACUGUACGUUUCUAUGAAAACUGAGGUUUUUUAUUUUUUCUGCGGCUCACAUAAAUGUAAAAUUUGUUUAUUUGGCCCAUGUUGUCCUUUGAGUUUGACAUACUUGACCUAAAUAAAUUUGCACUUCUUUUAUUCAUCUUAUUGUAUCGUUAAUAAAUGGGGAUUUAUUUUAAUUUUGUUAUUGUAUUACUGGAGUAUAAUAAGCCUUUUGCACAGCUGAAUUGACACACAGUGAACCUAUAUCAGUUUGGAGGCACGGAAAGGUUUAACCAAGAAUUAGUGUAACCAAAUCCUAUUUGCCUGUACAAAUAUUUUGGAUGAAUGAGGAACAAGAAACUUCUUUAUGUAACAUCUCAGGCUAAGGGGAUUGUUUUUACUGCUUGGGAAUUCUCUGUAGUUUUUUUUUUUUUUUUUACCAGUCCUCUUAGUAGUUGAACUUAAAAAUAGAACUUGCACAUUAACCACUGCAUUGAGCUGUGAUAAAACAGUAAAUGGAGCGGUUAUAGUGCUUAGAGCGUGCUUUCCUGCAGCUUUGUCAGGUGUUUGCAAGGAGAAGAGCACUUACAACUUCCACCAUGAUGAAGAAAAUAGUGCCGGAGUUUUUGGAAUAUCCCCCUGCUGAUGCAAAGCUUGGUCUAGGCAUAAUCUAACACAAGCCAAAGCGGCAGUAUGUAAUUUAUUCUGCUCAUAAAAUUUAUAUCUCAGGGGCCUCUUGGAAAGACAACUUAGUAGCAGGUUCCACCAGAGAUGAUCAAAGUUUGAUUUUAGCUGUUAUGGCCCUGGACCCUUCCUACUGCAAGUUAUUGAGAAUUAUGUAGGGCUACUUUUUAACCCAUUCCCUUCCAGGGGAGAUUGCCAGCAAUAAAGGGAAUUACAGUGCUUGGUGGGAACUUAUGCAUAGCGUACCUGUUUGUUUUUAAAAUUCUAGCUAAAUUGAGCAAAACUAAAAACAUUGCAUUGAUUCCCCUUUCUCAGCUGGAGUCCACAGUAAUGCCUUACCUUCAAGUCCUGUCUCAGUUUCGGGAAGGUGUCCGACAAAUUUCCAGAGAGAACAAAGGUGACAAAAAAAAAACGAGAAUUCUACAUCUGACACUGUAUGUACAUUGUUUUGCAUAGCCUGUCUAUGAAUUUUUAGCACAGUUUGCAAAAACAAAUGUUAUUUAUUUCAUUACUACUUCAGGCAGUAGUGGUUAUGGUGUAAUGGCAAUUAUUGAGUUCGUACCCAGAUUAACCUGUUAAUACCCACAUGUCCAUAACCAUGGUACAAGGAGUCUUGAGUGCAGUUUUCCAAUUUUUAAGCAUUUUUUUUUUUUUAAACUGUCUGACUGAACCAGGGCUCUUCCAGCACUCAUAGCCUGCCCCUGCCCCGUCUACAUCUGAGAUAAAGCAUCCAUUUCACAUCUAACCUCUCAUGGCCAUGAUACACUGCAAGGGCUUGGCAUAGCGUUUAUCUGUUUUUGCUGUGAAAUUUAGAUGGUUAGUUAGAUGGAGUGCUUGUCUUAUUUGUUUGAUUAUUUUUUUUUAUAAUCUUAUUUAACUUAAUUGUACAACUCUGCUGAAAUUUUAGAUUGGUGAAUAAAAACAAUUUUUAGGAUUGAUUGAUAUAUGCGGAUCCCCUUUAGCUCGCACAUGUAACUGGUCUUUUACUGUCUCUUUAAAGCAUGCCAUUACUAACAUAAUCACAUUUCCUUGUUAGUUUUUGGAGUAUUGCAGCUCUGCGACGCUCUUCGGGACGACAUUCUUCCAGAUCUCGGCGUGCGUCUGGAAGAUCAUGAAGGUAACCUGCAGACAUUUCUAUUAUCAAUCUAUAUGGGUGUCGCAGGAGGUGGGGCUAUAUAUAUAAAGAUGUUAAAUUGUCCAGGAGCUUUGCUGAUGCAUUUUAUGGCAUUUUAUUUAUUCAUCCAGUGCCAGGAAACCAUUGUACUUCUUAAAUUAUUUCUGUUCCUUGACCAGACAAGCUCUCUGGAUUGUUGAUUUCUUUAGCUUUUAAGGAAACCGCAAAAAAUGCUGUUAUCUCUGUAUAGAUUCCAAUGAAAAUAUUCCUGUUCCAAAUUAAACAAAGGGGAGAGAUGGGGAUUGUGUACAAUCAUUGUUCUAGAUAGUACAUUGCACAGACAUGAUUAUCGCCUUCAUUCACUUGUACAUGACAGAUACAAUCUGUAUCCUUCCUACUGACCUGGCCAGAGCACAGAUAUAUUAGAGGGUUUGCAAAAUCUGCAGUGAGAAUGAAAAUGAUAAUAUCUUAGUAAUUUCAGAGAGAUGUCAGACUGUGGUAUCUGUCACAUAGGAUCCUGUCCGACACUUGGGGCCAAAAUCGAACACUCUGGUAUUGUUCUCGUAAAUAGUACAUCCUGCUACAAUUUCCUUGUGUACUGAAAAGAUUACAAUACAUGCUAAACAUACUGUUCAAAUGUGGAAUUGUCUGAAUAGAGUGAUUCAGGCAUUGUUGUUAAAUUUGCUAAUUAUGUGCAUGUUUGGGAAAGUAAUAUUAAACCAUAUAAAAUGUGAGCAGACAGCUUCGUUCCAUACUGAUAUUUAAAAUGGAGCAGUUAAAGGGGCAUGUUGGGAAUACAAAUGUGUAUUCCUAAUGUUAUAUUGCUAUAGUCUGUGUUUAGGUAAUAGAGCCCUUGCUGUCACGGUAACAAAGGUAUUUUACUUACCCUUUGUACAGAAACUCCACUUCUUUGGUUGCGCUCAUCGAGAUCGAUGAUCUCAGUCAAUCCAAUGCUUUGGAAAAGCUGCACCAAUCAGAUGGUCUCUCUGAGAUAGUCUGAUAGAAAUAUUGGAGUUUUACUUCUCUAUUUAGUGGAUGCGUUCCUGCAGAACAUCAAUGUUUUCAGCUGCAGAAUUAAAACGGGAGAGACAUGGCACCCAGACCUCUUCAGUGGUCUGCUUACCUGUAGAGUUCCUUUAAAUGUGAGGUUUUAAAUAUUUGUUUGUGUUUUUUUUUUUUAAUUUUAGUUGCUUUGUAUAUUUUCAUUUGCAUCGCAUGCGUUGCUGUCGUGGCACAAUGAAAGGAUGCUGUAAAAACUGAUUUAACCCCUGCACUGCCAUAUGUCCUGGUGAAUAGUCAUGACAUUACAGAAUUAAUACUUCUACAACAUUUCUCAGUAUUCCCAAGAUCAUCAUGGGAUUGUAAUGGUGCCCAGCACACACUAGUGCUGUGGAUUUUAGGGGUGUAUUUUUUCCCUAUUUUGUUGCAUUCCUCACACCAGUAAGCACUGUAGUAGGGUUUGCUGGACUGAAACAGUGAGAAACUUUACAUUGCUGUAGUGGUAGCCUGACCGUGUCUUGAUUUGAACACUAGUAUAACUUUGGGCUGUUCUCCCUGAGAUACGUGAUAUGCUUUAGUGGAAAGGAAUGUCCGGCUGUCAGAUACUGGCAAUGGGUGAGUGCUUGGAAAGUCAGAACAGCCCUGUGGGGUUUCAAGGUAUUUCAGAUGUUCAGGAGGAUCUUUGUACAUGUGCAGGGGAUUAUCUUACAGAGUCUGGUGGCCUCCACAUGCCAUUGCUUAUUUUAUUCCAUUCAUUAUCAUUACAGGCCUCCCAACAGUGGUUAAACUGGUGGACAAGGAGACUUUAAUGAAAGAAAAGGAAGAAAAGAAAAAGGUAAAAUAAUGCAUCAUCACGCCUUCUACACGUUUAUCAUCUGUAAUGGAAUGUAUCUAUUUAUCUAUCUGGGACUGGAUUCAGGGGAGCUUUACAUUUUUAAGGGGGGCACCACAAUACAAUCUGUGUGUGUGUAUGUAUAUGUGUGUAUGUAUAUAUAUGUGUGUAUAUAUAUAUAUAUAUAUAUAUAUAUAUAUAAUUUUAUUUAUUUAUUUAAAAUCUGGCACUCUACCUUAACAUAGUAAUCCGGAAGGACCAAGGUGCUGCACAGUGUGGAUGUAUAAAAUUGUAGAUUAUGCUAGCUUUAGUGUACCUAUAAUCUUAAUUUAAUUAAUGACAAGAGGCGAGUAUUUGCUUAAGUCUCUCUUUACUAGAACUCCACAGCAGUACAGAAAAACAACCAAUCAGAAAAAAAAAAAGUUAGUUACUAUAAAACUCCCCUUCCCAUGCAUCAUUUCCUCUUGCUGCGACAAGACAGAAAAAAAAAAAAAAAUACAGAAAAUAUAAUGGGGAAGAAACGAAGUCCUAGAUAUUAUGAAAACGACCACGUCCACCAUCCGAGAAGAACUGUCGAACCAGAUAGUGUUGAUGGACUGUAAACUGAAACGAAAGAAAACAGAAUCGAACAGGUUGGUUAGCCAAUGAAAUGUACUUUGAACAAGCAUGUAGGUACCCAAUGUAAUAACCGAAAAUCUUACCGUAACCUGCAUAGAUCCCAACCCUACUUAUGAAAAAACAGACAUGAGAACAAGUGACAGGUAGCAGAGACAACAAGCAGAGUUGCAUACAUACCUGAUGGACUCAAACUAAUAAAAUUAAACAAGGGAGAGAUAAGAACGGGUGGGAAAUACUCACCUCCUGUCAUUAAUAAAAUUAAGAUUAUAGGUAUACUAAAGCUAGCAUAAUCUACAAUUUUAUAACAUGACAGGAGGCUUCGUAUUUGCUGUUUUAACACUCAGUCAACAAAUCCAACGCUGUUUGUUUCACUGGUACCUAUUCCUGGAGAUAUCAGAGGAUUCCUAAAUGAACGUCCCACUGCGAUAAAUGACCGUAGCCGGAUCGAUGAAGAUGCCAGCUGACGAAGCAUCCUAAUUACGGAAAAAACACCAUCCGCUGAUAGAUCCAUUGUACGUAGGAUUGCGACCUGUUUCCUAGUAACCGGUCUGUGAGCUGCCAGCUGACCCAUUAGCCAUUUCCUGUAGUUGUAAAAUGUCGAAGGUCAUUUGCGGACCUAGGGCCGUGAGACGAAAUUGGCACCAUGUCUCGACUCUUGAUGCGUAAGGUGGUUCCUCCGAUCUUGCCAGGGCCAUCUGGUGAUGUGUCCUUGCAGGUGGAUCUCCAAUUCCAAGAAACGCUCCCAAGUCCACCACCAAUUCCGUAAUAUAACCGAGUAGGAUCUUCCGUUCCCUCAUGGUCUACCCGGUGAAAUGUCUCAUCCGAUAAUAAGUUUAUUAUGCCGUCAAGUGUGUGGUCAAACUAGCUGUAUCCUAAGAGAUUCCAAUAUUCCAAAUGGACUGUGUAAUCCUCGGUUGCGGUAGAGAAAGGACUCCAAAAGAACGUCCAAUCAGGGUCCCAAACUGAACUUGUGUGUUUGACUAUUCUGGGAAUAGUGAGUCCCGGAAAUAUUCAAAGGGAUGGGAAACGUAAACCAGAGUUGAGAUCUCCAUCCAGAUAUGUCAUCGCCUGAGAGCGAUAAGAUAUACGGAUCCAAUGGUGAUUAGGACCAGUAUAACAACGAAGAGUCCUCACGUGUUGUAGUGAGAGAAUGAAAUAAUCCGAUUAUCCGUAGUACGAUCCUGUUCCAUACCCGACCUGUCAAAACCCGCGCAGGGUUUUCUGGUCUACAUGCCCCCUACAAGAUAGGGGUAAAAUAUGGUGAGACCCCUAGGUCCCCGUACCUCUGACUGUUCUGGCACUUAUCUCCCAGAGUAGGCCCUAAGUCAAGGGACCCAGAAAUGUGAGUUUGAUAACCAAAGUCUCCCUAUAGAGGGAUACCUCCCUUCUUAGCUUGGAAUCCCGUGAACACAUAGCGUUCUCCAAUACGCAGGCAAGGCGUAAAUUCGUUUCGCUCACAACAGAUGACUCCAGAGAGCAGAUAUAAUGGAAAAACAAGGGUCUAGCUUCAACUAUUCGAAUCAUGUGUUGUCCCGUUAAGAAUGUCGGCAGCCCUAACUGGGUCUGCUACACAUCCAGAGCCGUACUCCAGCGGUAGGUUGCUACCCGACUUUGACGUCCGUGUAUGUGUCGGGGCACACCGGGAAUCUCCAUAGAGUCUCGUAGGUACCCUUGAUGGUAGUUGAAACAAAUGGGUUAGCGAGAACCCAAACCAACCCGUAGGGGGUUAUAGAGCCCUCCAUCUCCGAGCCAUGUUCUCCAGAUAUGUGUUCAGAGGGGUAAAGGCAAUCCUGUCAUCUUAUCCCAAGGUUGUAACAAGACCGGGGUUUCCGGUCUUUCCAUGUGUACGGUGUGCCUGCAGAAUGCAACUGCCUGUCUUAUAUAGUGCAGAGUAUACCAAAACCCGCACUCUUGUAAAAUCUGAGGUUCAUCCAAUAACCGUACCGUCCCCAGGAGUGUGUGUAAAUAAGCGGGAGUCUCCCCAUUAUGCCUCUGAGUAUUACUCUCGUUUGGUACAGUGGUCCGGAUCCAGUAGAUUCAUUACAGGAGGUGUAAUGGAGGGAUCCUGUCUAAAUAUAUCUAUCCUGUAUGAUCAGGCUGCCCUCUAUAAUGAAAUCGGUAGCAUGGUCGUUAGAUCUAAUUGAAUGCAGGAGGGACGCCGCUCUAUGCAGUCCUCGUUGUCCUGUACAGGUACAAGCCUGUGAGAAGAACAAAUGGACGGCACCGUAGUGCAUUGAGUGUAUAAGAGAGCUGCGCUCUCUAAUAGUGUGACCGAACUCCGUGUCAGCGUCCGGCUGAUAGUCUGAGCGGGCCGCACCCGUUAAUAACCAAACAAUCCACCUCUGGUUUGUCACUCAAAACAAGUCCUCUGUAUCCAGCUCAGUAUCGGGCUGAAGUUUAGGGAGGGCCGCGCCCUCUAAUAAUAUAUCAGUGUCCGGUUCCGUAUAUUGGAGGGGUUCGCUCUCUGUUCGUGAAAAUAAAAUAUUAUUCACGGAUCGAGGUGAUGGAGGGUUGCACCCUCUUGUCAUCCAAAUUAGAGUUCCCUAGAGACUCAGGGUGACCAACUGUAGGGGUACACUAUUUACUAAUAACAGCAUAAGACUGAGAUCCUGAGGUGGGUCUCUCUCUGACCACGAGACCUCUUCCGGAAUCGUUCACUUGAGAUGGAAUCGACUGGUAAUAAACCAGACCGAUGGCAGAUGGAAAAGUAUAUAACUUCGGGCCGUGUCCAUCCUUAAAAACCGAAAGGGAUGGUGCGAAAGUGCCACCUUCGGAAACAAUGAUGGAAACUACCAACUGACCACCCGGAUCCCGUGCGCACGAGCGCGGGGUCCUGGAGGACCGUCGGUAGCCUGAGGAAAGCUGGAGACGUUCUCAGCAAUCCAUGAGAGCCUGGGAGGUCGGAGGAGGUCAAGUCAGGCCUCUCGACAACCCGAGCGAUAGAACAAUUGGAAGGUUCGACAACCAAGAAAUGACAAUUAACGUGGAUAACGGUAAAUACGUACCUCGGAGAGAGGGUAAAUUGCAGAUAGGAACAGCAAGUCAAGUAGACCCAACUGAAAGGGUCAGGAGCUAAACAGGACUUAGGACCAACUACCAAUACCUAAGAUGUAUACCGUAAAGGCAGCUAAACGGUUAGUUGCGAAAGGUAAGGAAACCGGUUCCCCUGUUGGCGUCCGAGCACUGGUCCCUGCAUGUGCGAAAUUUUCCUUGGAGAUGUUACGCUGCUGAACUGGCGUAAACCGUGGUUGCGUGUCCGGGAAUCUUCAUAAAAUCUUUGUCGCUUAGGCAUGAGGUUUAGGGCCUUCACCCUUCCAAUCAUACUUAGGUGCUCGUAUACUGGUGUCCUCUUGGAUGGUAUGGCAGCAGAGCUUACCUGGACACCUAUCACCAUGUCAAUAGUGGGUGUUGAGCACUCCUCAGUGUUAUUCCCCAAGACCUACGGCCAAAAGGGGUUCAGGCACAGACAGAGCAGGCCCGUCAGAAGGGCAAAUACAUAGCAGACCAAUCAAUGGGGCACAGACGUAGCAGACCAAUCAAUGGGGCACAGACGUAGCAGACCAAUCAAUGGGGCACAGACGUAGCAGGCCAAUCAAUGGGGCACAGACGUAGCAGGCCAAUCAAUGGGGCACAGACGUAGCAGGCCAAUCAAUGGGGCACAGACGUAGCAGGCCAAUCAAUGGGGCACAGACGUAGCAGACCAAUCAAUGGGGCACAGACGUAGCAGCCAAUCAAUGGGGCACAGACGUAGCAGGCCAAUCAAUGGGGCACAGACGUAGCAGGCCAAUCAAUGGGGCACAGACGUAGCAGGCCAAUCAAUGGGGCACAGACGUAGCAGGCCAAUCAAUGGGGCACAGACGUAGCAGGCCAAUCAAUGGGGCACAGACGUAGCAGGCCAAUCAAUGGGGCACAGACAGAGCAGGCCAAUCAAAGGGGCACAGACAGAGCAGGCCAAUCCUGGGUUGUGUCUGAACGAGUAAGAAAGGACCCCUGCGCUCGGGCAGGGUCCCCCCAAACAUCCGUAAAUCUUCAGGGUACCCUGUGACAUAGGGCCCCUAGACGCCAACCCUUUUGACAGUGCAAUUUUGGGUCAAUAAACCUGAACUGGGACUAGCAUUCCCUAAAUGCCCAGCAGGCAGAAUAGUGGUAUUCCAGCUGUAGCGGAUACAGGCUGAAGAUGUUCCAGUGAUUAUAGUGUCCAUAUAAUCAAGACAUACAGCAUGAUUAAUUUAUAACUGUGAAUGGAUUAUGCACAUGAAGCUGCAGACCUGUUUGAGAUUUCUUCAUCAAUAUAUGUCUCAUCAGUAUGCCAUCUGAAUAGAAUUAGAGUCAGCAUAGACUGGUCUCUCAUAUCAGUUUGAGCCAGAGCCAGGUCUGCUUAUUUUUUUUAUAUUUGCCCUGGAUAGAAAUUAUCUUACUAGAGUAGUCUGGUCUCUGUCUCUAUGGAUGGACCAGGUACAUAUAUACUGAAGCAUAGGGGCUGGAACCUGACCCUAAUUGUGCAAUAUAAAAGCUUCACGCGUCCUUUGUAUAAUAUAAAAUCCAACAACAACAAAAAUAUAUCAGCACACCUGAUCCACGUGUGUAAUUACACAGCAGAUUGGAUUCUUGCUGUACAGGGGAUUUGAACUCAUGGAGGAAGAUUCCCAGAGCAAGUCGGUAACCACUGAGCUACCAUAAGUAACCUACAAUUGUGUGCUUACUCUUGACCUAAUAGGAGGCAGAUAAUGCCUCCCAUUAGGUCAAGGAUAAUGAGAAGAGAGUAAGGAGAAAAACCCUAUCAAAGAAAUUGAGCUGCAUGACUUCUGGCUCUGUAUGCGCAAUGUUACAGAGCCAGACCCCAGUGGUAAAGAAAACUCUAUGUCCGACCACCGUGGGAGGAGGAGGCGCACCCUCCUCUAGCUGGUCGGAUGCACACAGUCCUUGGAAGUAGCCGCGCGGCGAGAUGACCACGUAUGUGAGCAGUCCGGCCGCCGGGUACUCGUGCCCGACCGCGAGAUACCCCGGGCGCCGGCAGGUUCACCCUGGAGCUCGAGGGAUCAGAGGAGUAGCCAAAAGGCUAGUCUCCUGAAACCCCGAGCAAAGCGCCCGUAGCCCGCGUGGAGGGUAACCGCGGGGCACUAGAGAGUAGGGUGGGGGGGGGAAGGGUGAAAACAAAGGGGGUAGCUGAAGGGUAUCCCCAGUAAGCCCCCCAUUAAAACCACCACAUUUAGAGGGGACUUCCCCAAAGAAACAGAGGAAGCCCAAAGACAGCAAAAGGGCAGAAACCCCAAACCAAAUAACAAAAAAACUAACUAAACAUUAUAUAUAUAUAUAUAUAUAUAUAUAUAUAUAUAUAUAUAUAUAUAUAUAUAUAUAUAUAUAUAUAUAUAUAUAUAUAUAUAUAUAUAUAUCUCAUAAAAUAAAUAUAUAGAUAUAAAAUGAAAAUUAAAUAUAAUAUACAAGAAGUGUGUGUGUGUGUGUAUAUAUAUAUAUAUAUAUAUAUAUAUAUAUAUAUAUAAUAUGAAAAUUAAAUAAUAUAAUAUAUAUAUAUAUAUAUAUAUAUAUAUAUAUAUAAUAUGAUAACUAGAAUAGUAAAUAUAAAUCAUAAAUAAAUCAUAAUAAAACCCAAAGCCACCCACUAUAAGCAGGAGGCAAUGGUACUCUGACCUGUACUGACAGCAAAGAAAGAGGAAAUGAUGCAUGGGGAGGGGAGUUUUAUAGUACCUAACUUUUUUUUUUCUGAUUGGUUGUUUUUCUGUGCUGCUGUGGAGUUCUAGUAAAGAGAGACUUAAGCAAAUACGAAGCCUCCUGUCAUGUUAUACAAUUAAUACAUUUUUAUCAAUAAUAAAGACCCACGGGUCAAAAUGUUGAUCUCUUGACCACAACACGAAUUUGAUUCAACAAAAUCCAUUGAGUUCUCUUAUUUAUUUAAUAUAUAUAUAUAUAUAUGUAAAGGACGGCUUGCACUCACGGUCUUUUUAAGAUAAAAAAUAUUCCUUAUUAGAAGUUAUUCCAUAAAAUCAUCGAUGUUUCAACCCUCGUUCGGGGCAUUCCUCAGGAUUAAUAAUCAAUGUGUGUGUGUGUUAAGGAAUAUUAAGAUACCUUUUUCUUUGUUUUAGAAUGGCCAUUUCCUGUGAUCACGAUUAGCUUAAACAGACAUACCCCACUAGGUGCAGCCUUUGGCCCUGUUCCAAGACGAAUUCCCUGCUCAGUGCUUAUAAUUCUACAAGACUUGCAUUUGUGCCUGACCAAAUGUCACUGGGGCCCCAUAACAUGUGCAGUCAUCUGUGUGAAAUCUGAGCUUACACACAUUAGGCUAUCUCAAGCACUUUGUUGAUUGACUUUUUUUUUUUACUCAAGUCCUAUCCUCUCUACUUGAUCUACUCUCUCAAUGCCACACUACCAACUCUGCCUGAUAUUCGUUUUGGCUGCAAUUUAAUUCACAUUCAUAUGGAUGGAGUUACUACAUAUAUAUAUAUAAUAUGUAUGUAUGUAUAUUAUUUUAUUAUUUAUAUAGUGCCAUCAGAUUUCGUAGCGCUGUACAAUGGGUGGACUAACAGACAUGUAAUUGUAACUAGACAACUGGACGUACAGGAACAGAGAGGUGGAGGGCCCUGCUCAAUGAGCUUACAUUCUAGAGGGAAUGUGUAUGUAUGUGUGUGUGUAUAUAUAUAUAUAUAUAUAUAUAUAUAUAUAUCUAUCCAUACACACACACACAUAUAUAUUUAUAUAUCUCCAUUCAUAUGAAUAUGUGAAUUAAAUUGCAGCCCAAACUAAUAUUAGGAAGAGUUGGUAGUGUGGUGUUGAGAGAGUGGGACAAAUAAAGAGAGUAGGACUUGAGUCCUUUAAUAUAUAAAUAGCACAAACCAAGCCUCAGUAGCAAGCCAUGAACCAACCUCCUGCUGAUGAGUUGCAUUAACAACAAAACGGCUGUCCAUGAGUGGUUCACUGGCUUUGCAUCUUUUCCCGAGUUGUGUUUCUAAGCUGUUAAAUACAGCAAAAAUAAGCUCCAAGGAAUCCAUGUUUAAAAUGAAAUAAUGAGGCAAAAAGGUUAUUCUUUGUUGAGCUAAUUUGCAUUUGCCUGCCCAGAAUCCUUUGUGGUAGUAUCAUCACUGCAAAUUUGAGAUUUCUGUGUAAAUCUUAUAACUUGACUGGUAGGUGCAGAUCUGUGUUUAACCAUGUAUUGACUAUAUAUUUAUAGUGAGUGUGUGUGUGUGUAUGUAUAUAUAUUAUAAAAAAUACAGAAUCCAGCGCACUCGCUUAUUCACUAAACAAUGAUUUCAAGUUUUAUUUAAAACCACCUCACCUAGGCAAAAAAUGAUGGGGGUUUAGUUACAUUAUCCACUUACUUGGGAAAUGCUUUUCUACUUAAGUGGAUUACUUCCCAAGUAAGUGGAUUAAUCUCAUUAGAGCUAGCAUUAGGCUGUUACUACGAUAAGACCUGCCGAAUAUGGGGUACCUUGACGUAGUGGCAUGCUUAUGCAAUGUAUGAUCAUAUAAUGUAACUAAACCCCCAUCAUAGGUGAGGUGGUUUUAAAUAAACAUUUUACAAUCUCUAAGAUUUGAAAUCAUUGUUUAGUGAAUAAGCGAGUGCGCUGGAUUCUGUAUUUUGUAUAUUUUAGCCCCAGCAGCACCCUAUAAUGUAUGCAUGUUCAGGUGAGUGCAGCCCUCUUGGGGGGGGGGUGUGUGUGUGUGUGUGUGUGUGUGUGGGGGAGGGAGGUGUGUGUGUGUGUAUAUAUAUAUAUUCUUUUUAACAAAUGCUUCUUCUGUGCCUGAAAAUAUACACAAUUAAUCUGUAAAUUGUCGUUGAUAAAGCCUAAACACACCCUACGGUUUGCAUACCUCUCUGUGUCUGUGGAGUUGUGCAGUUAAUUGUCUUUAGUAUUUCUGUAACGUAAGUAAAUAUCUGCCGCUUUCUUGUAAUUCUGUUUGGUAUUUUUAGGUAGAGGAAGAGAAAAGAAAGAAAAAAGAAGCCGCCGCAAAGAAGAAACAGGAACAGGAGGUAAUAAUAUUCAGAUAAAUUCUAAUUUUUUACUCAUAUUUUCAAAACUUCAGUGUUUUAAUUAACAGCAAGACAGAAUGUUUGGUAUACACUUUGCAAGGUAUCGAACAAUGUUUAGGUCAGGGGACCUGUUGGCUGUCACCCAGAGCUGGGCGGUGUGCAAAAGACCUAUGCUGUUGGCACAGAAGAGUUAUUUACCACCACCUAUUUCUGGUUUGACUGUACCCUAGAUAAGACACUCUGCCUAUUUUAGAUAUGGAAUGACCUUUUCUGGGCUGUGCAUUGUAUUUUAUGGGUAGGUACACCGCUAAUGAACCAAUAUGGGUAUGGCUGGCAUGCUGACUAAACAUUGCGGGGCAUUUACUACACUAUUAUUACCCCAGUCUAUUAAAUCACUCUAUAGGAGUAUUUCACAACCAGUAACUUAAAGACUUUCUGUUUGCAUACUGGUAGCCAUUUUGAUUUCACUCAUUCUCUAUUAGCAUUGUAUUAAGACCAGGAACAGAUGGAUGUGAACAUGCUAUUCAAUACUAAAAAAAUGAUUUGUUAUUUGGGAAUAAAUGGUAGCUGCUUGCCUCUUGCACCAUGUCUUAUACCCAUUCUAUUCAUACAGGCCGCAAAACUUGCAAAGAUGAAGAUCUGCGCGAGUGAGAUGUUUAAAGCUGAAACUGACAAAUACUCCAAAUUUGAUGAAACUGUAAGUGGCCAAUGUGUCUGUCUGUGAUUCUCUAACUCGGCAUGUAUGUGUCUUGCACUAUUCCAGAUCAGGCAAACUAAAACAGUCACAAGAUAAUGGAUUAUUAAUAUUACUAUUUACAAAGCUAUAAACUACAUAUAGUUUUAGCACUAUUUUAUAGCUUUAUACUAUUAAAUAGUGCAAUUCUGGUAUCAAAGUGAAUGAAUAAAAACUUGCAUUUAAAAGAGCCUUUUAAAAUAAUAAGGGCUCCAAAUGUGUGGAUUUCUGUGCCCUUGAGGUGGCAGCAAAACCUUCUUUAAUGAUGGUGUAAUUAAGCAUUUCCAGAAGUUUAUAUCAAAUGAAAUACAAAAAAGGACAGACAAACGGUGCAAUAUUGUUUGGGUUAAAAACACUUAAAACAAAUCGCCCCUAGUUAGGAGCCCAUAAUGACUGACCCCAAGCUUUCAGACUUAUUGUCAAAUAUGGGGUGACAAUGCCCUCUUUGGAACCCAGAGUGCAUUUAAAUAUAGACAGAGAAAUAGAAAUACAGCCUAGGAACACUCUAGACAGGGGGGUAACUCUCUGCUGUCUCAUUUAGGAGAACUUUUGGGGGGGUUAGUCCUGGUGCCCACGAAGGCACAUGGGGAAUUUGUAGCUUUCAGUCCUAGGACGGUACUAUUUUAGUCUUCCUCUCAUCCAUUCUCCUUAUAUGAUAUUAUGUUCUCUAUUUAUUGGUAUUUCUAACAUUCUAUCAGGAACUUUAGGGACCAUUAGACUAUUUGGUUGGUACCUCUCUGUAUCUUUACUGUUAUUUUACGUACGCUACCUAGUACCAUCGAGCUUUUUUACAGCUGCUAGAAUUUUUCGCUUGAUAACUGUGUACUCAGUUGGUAACAUCGAUGCUCACAGUACAGUUAGCAAUAUUGUUAUUUUUGUAGCAGUACUAGAUAUUGCAGUACAUCCAUCUGCAAUUGCUUUACACUAGCUUUGCUGUGUACGGCUAGGAUCAUUACUGCUUUCUUUAGAUCUGAUACUGAUAUUAGCAACCCAGCAUCGGACACACGUUAAUUAACUCUCCUUUUCGUUUUUCCACUCUGCACAGACGUGUGCAGUUUGCCAUUUGUGCUAUCUGAGACAUCAGAAUAUCUCCUUAUUAAGGUUAUAUCAUUUUGAUUUUAUUAGUUCACUAGUGUUCCAUUUUUCGAUCUCUCAGUAUUUAUAUUCAAUAAAGAUAUUUGUUAUUUUCAUUUUAUUUAUUUAUUCAAAUAUGUACUUCUUUUGUACAGUUUGUAUGUAGUGAUAGUUUUUCCCUUUUUUCCAUAGGCACUCUUUCCAUCUCUCCUUCAUAUUCAUUUAAAUAUAGUAACAACUAUAUCAAUUAAAAUCAAUAAUAAACACAGGAAUCCUUCUUCCGAGAUGCUUUUAGUCUGUCCAUUAGACUUUCUCAAUUGGUAUCCUGUUUGGUUUGGGUCCCCACUCUUGCAGAGUAUUGCGUUAAUUGGGCCCCCCUAAUCUAUAGAAAAUAACUAGCUAAACUAUAGAGAAUCAUUUUACAUUAAUUAACUAGAGCCCUGGACAUUUGCCAGUGUUUGAGAAGGAGCAGAAAAACACUAUAAAUAUCUCCCCUGAAUUGGUGACAUUUGUAAGCUGUGUCACCAAACCUUUCCUAGUGAUCCCUUAUUAAUUUGUUAAAUGAGGAGAAGGAAUAGAAAUAUUGUUUGAUUUCUCCAAUUCUCUAUUUGUAUUUUCUGUGCUGAUUGUCAGGUGCUAAAGACUGAGCUUGUACUAAUGAUUGACAGGGAACUAAGAUGGAGGCACCCAGUUGCAGGGUAAAGACAGGUGGAUUUCAAAUAUCAUGUUUAGUUUUCACAUCUCACAAAUUACAGAUUAAUUUCUCAUAAUACCAAAAUUUCAGGGAAGUAACAAUUCUCUUUAACAUAACAUAAAUUAUCAAUCACAACCAGUUCACAUUCUGUAAAAAUCAUCCCCUGUGUUAAGCCUAUUCUUAGCAUUUGUCAAGCACAGAUGGAUUUCCUCCGUUAUCUAAAUAAUGUAUCAAUAUCUAUGGUAAAGCAGUCCUGGACUUGAUGGCAUGUUGUUUCAUACAAGGAAAUCCUGUCUGUAUUUUUGUCACAUUCAUGGAUUAUAAGACACAAUAGCCAUAUUCUCGAACGCUGCUAUUUACCAGUUCUCUGCAAUUUCUGGUUUAGUUAAUACACUAUAUAGUCUCAGAAAUAUUAACAAGGUUAUAAACUAACUGUGAAUUGUUGAAAAUUGCAAAAUGUCGGUGUGUAAUAACUCAAUUAGAGAAUCUCAAUAAAGUUGUUAUGGGGGUAGGAGUGCCUGGACGCUGUCUUACUUUCAGAGAUAAGACCGUUUUUUAAUGGUUUUCCCCUGGUGUUAGACAGCUCUGACUCUAACAGUCAGAGUCUUCCUCAGAGACCAGGCAUAAGCAGAGAGCAUCUCAUUGAUCUUAAAGGUAUAGGCAGGCCAAGAACAUCUCGUUGAUCUUAAAGGGAUAGGCCAAGAACAUCUCGUUGAUCUUAAAGGGAUAGGCCAAGAACAUCUCGUUGAUCUUAAAGGGAUAGGCCGAGAACGUCUUGUUGAUCUUAAAGGGAUAGGCCGAGAACGUCUCGUUGAUCUUAAAGGGAUAGGCCGAGAACGUCUCGUUGAUCUUAAAGGGAUAGGCCGAGAACGUCUCGUUGAUCUUAAAGGGAUAGGCCGAGAACGUCUCGAUCUUAAAGGGAUAGGCCGAGAACGUCUCGUUGAUCUUAAAGGGAUAGGCCGAGAACGUCUCGUUGAUCUUAAAGGGAUAGGCCGAGAACGUCUCGUUGAUCUUAAAGGGAUAGGCCGAGAACGUCUCGUUGAUCUUAAAGGGAUAGGCCGAGAACGUCUCGUUGAUCUUAGAGGGAUGCUAUAAAGGGAUUCUCCCACUGCUCUUUAUAAUAUUGUACAUAUUCUACUUGACACCUUUGUUUUCUCUUCUGCAUUUCUAGGGUUUUCCCACACAUGAUACAGAAGGCAAGGAACUAAGCAAGGGUCAAGCCAAAAAACUCAGGAAACUUUACGAAACUCAAGAAAAGUUACACAAAGAAUAUUUGCAAAUGGUUCAAAAUGGAAAUGCGGAUUGAAAAAAUGGAACCCUUCUUAAUGCUCUUCAUGAUAGGGUGUCUUGUGAAUUAGCAAUCUUUUUGUAAGACGGUAACUGUAUAUACACUGACAUCCUAGUCCCUGAUGACGACCAUAUUUAUGAAGUAAUGUUAAGAUAUGUAUUUACACAGACCCUGAGUGGCCUCACAGACUAGCUCCAAUACUGUAUGAAUCGGGUGUCAUAUUUACAAAGGCCCAAAGCAAAGUCAGCUGUAACCACUUCGGAGCUAUAGGAAUCCUCAAGUUCUUUCAAGUUGCACCACUUGUUUUGAACUGUCAAUGGCAAAUAAAUUGUUUAACAAAUGUCUGUUUUCUUUUUCUCUUUUCAUAGCGUUUAGUGUUUUGUAACAAUAUAGAGAAGUCUUCUUAAGAGGAAUAGAACUCUUUGUGAUAUUAUGUAUGUAUUUACAGCAGCGUUUUAGUGGCUCUUGGGAAAAAUGGGCCGAUGUCCAAGUCUGAACCUUUCUGCAACAGAAGUGGAGCAAUCGCUAUGGAAACCUUCUGAUUCCUUGACGUUUAGAAGUUUGUCACACAGUUCCUACUUAUACAUAACCCAACUUGUGUGAGGUUCUUUAACUCGCAAAGUAGGGGAGGCUGGAAAGUAGAUCCACCGCUUCUGGAAAAAAAUCAUUAUUUUGAAUCCUCAAUGGGAUUGUAGCACUUCAGUAACUGGCAGGCCACAACUGCUUUAAAUGAGUUUUGUGCAGAUAAUUACAACUGGAUAAUUAAAAGAACUGUCACUUCCCAGAAUCUUCAAUAUUAUGUUUACUUAUUCCCUACAUGUAACAACUAUUUGUGACGUAUGAAAAAUAAAAUUAAAUGUAGAAAUCAAAUCAA